GGAAUCCUGUUGUUAUGAGAAACAAAUUUUGCAGCUCUAUUGCUAAUCACCUAAUAGUCUAGUCUCGUCAACGUAAACGCCCAUUUGUCUCAUCACAUUUUAGUCAUAUAAGACUUAUGUUUGGCUUGUCAACGUCACUUCUUCGUCGUGGAAAAAAGGGGGCAUUGAUGAAAUAUUUUCAUCAACGAAAACAACACUGGUCCCAACACAUUUACACUUUACUGUAAAUGAAAAUGUUCAGUUUGAUGUGAUUCAUAACAGUAAAACAGGAUGUCCAUGCCUUGCUGAGAAUGAAAAUGUGAAGUAAAAUCCACAUUAAUAGGGAAUUUACAGAUAAAUAAAACCACCUUUCUAUCAAUAUUCCACUUCAGCUUUUUCAUAGUGUAGCCAGUGGGUGUUGGAAGAUUAUUUUAAGAUAACUUCCUGCAAGCUAUAUAUUGUCCCUUUUUUCCAGAUCAUAAUGGGGGACAGAAAGUGAACUAAUACAUAAAUGUGUGCCUGUGGUUGCUUAGGUCUUCCUCUUCCUCAAUAAUGAUUGCUGUGGAUUAGUUGGGGGCUUUCAACAGCUCUGUGAAUAAAAUAACUUAUUUGAAUGGUAGGAAACCGUGGGGAUGCAGUGCUCUCAUUUAAAAUCCCCUUUUUUAUUUCAACUAUAUAAAAAAAAACAGACUGUCAUUAUUUCACGUGUUUCCGUGAGAAAAUGUAAACCAAUGCCCACGGUAUAUAAAACAAGCACAGUGUUGUAGGGCGUUGUUACGCCCCCAUACUUUUCGCUCCCCAGUCACUCAGCGUCUGUUUUAACUAGCGUGAAAACGAGGGGGGUCGCCAUGAAACUCGCCCCCACCUCGACCACCAUCGUCCCUACAAAAAAAAACAGAAACCCAGUGUUGUUUUGAUCAGUUGGGUCUUGAAGGAGAGGGGACCUUGAAACGGCUCAACCUUCUUGCUCCAUAAUUGGUUUUGUAGUGCUGGCGUGGGGCCAGUGUUUUUUUUCCCUCUGUUCUCGGGGACUUUGAUUGACAGUCCGCGCAGCCAAUCAGACACGAGAAGAGUGAGCCGUCCUGGGCAGGGCUGGGGUUGGGUGGUAUCGAGGGGAGGUGGGCGGGGUCUGAAAACAAUGCUGCGUUUCAUUGCUGAAGAGUUUACGGACGCGGCAGGGUCUGUCUCUCCCCCCAGAUAUCCCCCAGUUUACCUUCGGACGAGCUUGUUAUGGACUAUUCCAGCUCUUCCAGCCACCCGGACGGAUCUUAAGACAUUUUUAACCCGUUUUCAAGAGUUCCCUCUUUGAAGUAAGCGGACGGCAUGCUUUUCUCUUGCUUAUUUUUACAAAUUUAACGACCAUUUUCUUUAAAUAUCGAGCAUUUUAAAUUAAUUCAGGCUUUAAAUGCGUGUAAAAAUGGCGCGGAUGCAAUUUCGUGCGACAUUUGGGAUUUUUCGGGGGCUCUCUUCGGCGUGAAAAAGCCGUUUCUGUGGACGUUUCCGCUGAGAAAGUUUUCGUGUCGUUAAUGGAACCGUGAAAAGUUUGAAACGUGGCUGAAACACCGUGCUCCUCACUGCCGUGCCGCAUGGACCGCAAACAGAGAAAAGUUUCAAUAUACCUCCCAGGUUUAUUUCAGAGGCGCUGCAUACAUGUUUGUUUGGUGAGGUUUUAGCGAGGGGAAAAAUGGCUUUAUUGUGAUUUCUGAAGCACUCUUUCUUCUCAUCCCGCCGCCUGGAUAUCACGAGUCAUUGCUGUAUAAUGUAUUUGUGUCUGCAGCCUCUGAAGGUUAACUCGACUUUCGCCUGUUUUUAUCGAAAAUACAAAGGACACUGAUUCAUAGUGUUUGGAUAAAAAUAGUUAAGACUCAACAUGACUCCGAUUUUAUCACAUCCUCAUGGGAAAGUCGCAUGUUUGCCCUUAAUCCCUGUAAAGUAACUCGAGUUGUUAUUUUUUAAAAUUCUACAAAUAAACACAUCUGCAAAACUGUAUUUAUCAUGUGUUUGCGAAAACGAUUAAUCGACCUUUUACCAGCUUCUACUCAGGUCGAUAGUGUCCAAACUGGGCUGUCCGGCGAUAACACAAUUCCGUAUCUUAAUAUAUGUUAUUUAUUUUGACGAUAAACCGCCUUUUAUGCAAAUGAGAUUAAGUUUUGUUGUUUAAAACUGUAAAUUUAAGUAUUUCUGGGUUAGGUUUGGUCCCUCUUCUUGGGUAGCACCCAUGUCCAACUGUAGCCCGGACUAAAAUCCGCUUCUGUGGGCAACAAAACACCGCUAACCCCGCUGAUGAAUGAUGCAGGCUUUUGCAACCUUAUUUAUUUUUAACCUGUUUGAAAUUUAUAUUUGAUGCUCCUCCAGUAUUUAUGGUGUAUUGGUUUACAGGGAGGCUCGGCCCAUUGCCUACAUUGGCGCUUUAAGGUUUAGAAAAACAGCUGUGUAAUCGGAAAAGACAGAAAGGGUUAUUAAAAUUUGACCGUGUGCGUAUCCAGUCCGGGACGAGAGGCUGUUUUCAUGGCCGGGGCAGAGCAGCUGGCCGCCCCUCUCUUUGCAUGUGUUUCCCCGGAAAGCGGAGCCCCGGAGCGGCUGCUACUCGCUGUGCAGAGGGGGGUGGAGUGCUGCCUGUCCGCUUCAACAUUAAAUCCUAAUAUUAUCGAAAUAAGUUAAAGCUGCACUAUAUCCUGCAGUUUGGGCACACCAGGAUGGUCUCAAAUUCUCCUUCUGUCGAGCAGCUUGUGUUCAUCGUUUAGUUUUUGAAGUGCUUUUCCAAACUGCGUCAUUGCACGUUUGGACCGCCUGUUUCGCUGGAAAGAGGAGAAAUCCGAAAACAAGCACUUCCAACAGUUUGCUCAGUGUGCCCUUUGAAUGUAAACCCAGCGAUGUUUUUCUUGUUGUAUUUUGUAGGUCAGCGGGAUGGCUGAAAAGGGGCCCGACUCGCCUGGGGAACUAAAGACAUUAUUAUAGCCAAAAUUGGCUUUUUCGGACUAGGGGGCCUAUCCGAACGGACUAUUUCUUUUCCCAACUUUUCCCUCCGUGUAUAAUGGAUGGCAGAGAUUUUGGACCUCCCCGAUCUGUCCAUGUACCACCUCCGUUGCUGGCGGGGCUCGCAAUGGAGUCUCACCGACUCGGAGCAGCAGCAGCAGCCGGGAGGAUCCCUCCCUCGCCCGGUCACUUGGGCACGAGUCAUCCGCCGCCUCUCCACUCCGGGAAAUUCUUGCCAUCGGCCAUUAACCUACAUCCACACCACAGUAAGUGCAUGAAGCUUCCUCUGCUGUGUGAAUGAUGUAAUGUUACAGCCUUCGCAUGAUCAAAUAUUAACUUGAGAGAACGCUGCGCCAAAAUGCGCACAGUUUGUGUCAGCAUGUGCGGUCAUCGCUCCGAUGUCUCUACGCGGAGGUGUGGGGGAAAUAAGCCCAGCUGUAGGUCUUGGAAGGAGGUGUGUCUGUUAAGAUAGGUUACGGAUGCAGAGUAUGGGAUCCCCAGCUCUUAAGAUAGGUGAAGGGUUAGCGGGAAAUGACAUAAGGUUUUAUUUCACUCAUGCACACACGGACAGCGGUGCUUUUGGAGGCUCCACCACCAGCCUGUGGUGCUUUGGUAGGUGUUGCUGCAGCAGUGUGCAGGUCAGGGUGCAAUGGCUUUGGAUUGCAUGUGUUCUAUUACAGCGUCAUAGCUGUGGAGCAGAUGCAGUUUAUGAGUGUGUUUGGGGGGUGGGGUGGGGGUGGUUAAGUUGUGACCCUGCAGGGAUGACAGAUCACUCCUGACCCUUUCGGGGGUAAAUUGCUGGAGUAUUUGUGUGAGCUGUAGUUCACUCUCAGAGGAGAAGCAGCUCUUGUGGAUGCUGCUUUUUGAUGCAUUUGUACCGAUUCUGUUCGACAACCCCUCUGCUGCUUCACGCUCAUGAGGGCAUCUGUGCGGGCUGUAUGUUUUGCAUGUGUUUGGCCAUUAAACAAGUGAACCACCAUGUGUUUGUUUUAAGCUUGUAGGCGUGUGUUUCCCUGUGGAUCAUACACAGUAUAUGAUAUCCCCUGCUGAGCUGCUGAUUGUCCCUUUUACUCUCGCUCUCACUUUCUGCGCUCUGCUGCUCUCAGUAAAGGUAACAUUACACCUUGGCAUUCAGGUUUGUGGUGAGGAAAAGGCAAAGAAUGGUCCGCUAGAAAGUCUACCAAACACGGACUCACAUGAAGUCCUUCAGCUGCACACUCGGCUCCAGUUGUUGUUUUGCAGAGGUAAAUCCCCAGAGAUGAUCGAAUUCUUCCUCAGCUGUUCUCCCGGAGCGUGGGUUCAAUGCAGCAUUUGUCGUUCUGGAUCACCGUGGUACCAGAAGGUCUUGUAAAGCAAUGCAGCGCUCCCAGGGCAGGGCUCUGAUGAAGCGUUAAUUCGACACACCGGCAGAGCCCACACACUCCCUUCUCUCUCACACACACACGCACAUGAAAAAGCUGUCAGAGAUGAAAUCAGCCCUCAGCAGGGGGGCGUGGGGAUGAUUGAUGGGUGAAUGGCGGUGAUGUGAUGGGCCAGGGCGCAGCUUAUUGCAGCAAGCUGAUGUGAUUUUCUUGCGGCUGAGGAGUAACGUGGAAAUGUUUUCAGGAGGAGCGAUCAGAUGUUUGGAUUUACUCUAAACCGUGCAAAUAGCAUCUCUGUGAGUCUGUAGCAGCAGUGUGUUUGACUGAAGAUAAUGUCCCCCUCCUGUGGCUGUUAAACCAGCGGUGGGUGUGUACUUCAGUGUGCGUGUGUGCGCAUGGAGUGGAUUUGACCCAGCGCAGUUCCAGCCUGGACUGUCAGCUUAAACACUCCUUUCAUAAAGCAGGAUGCGCUUUAUUCAGCCCACACACUGACCUUCUCAUCAUACCCCCUUCCACACACUCUCAGCCUCCACCCACUGAAACACACCACCACCUUACAGUACGAUGCAGGUCAUUUAGCUUUAUGACACCCUUGAAUAUCAAAUCCCCGCACAUUAGACUAACCAAACUCGAGUGAGAUCUCAGCCCUGCGCCUGUUAUAACACCACACAGCCCUGUUACAUGAUAAUUACCCAGUAAUUGCUCCUGUUCAUAAUGGUCCCAUUUAACUCGCAUUAAACAGCAUGAACUCAGCGCUGCAGGAUGGCGUGGAGGAGCCGAGGUCACCCCUGGUGUGUGCUGUGUAUGUGUGUUUGCAUGUUCUGUAAGUGUUUUAGCAGUGUUGUUUCUGGCUGACCUCCUUAUAGUAGAGUGGAGCUGCUAACACACCCUGGUCUCCCUGGAGGAUCCGUUAUUUUCUUUAUAAGUUGACUUUUUAAAGGGUUUCUACCUCACUUACUGGAGCGGGCUGGACUCUGAUUUGGCUGAAAGUAGUUGACAGUGAAGCAAAAAGAGACCCACGGAAGAGUAAUAGGGUCAAAAAUAGGGGAAAACAAUUAAGAGGAUGGGUUUUUUUUUCUUUAAAGUUCUGAUAUUGGUCUUUUAGGGCCAACGCUGAUCCUGAUUGUAAGAAGUUUAUGACACCGAUAAGUGGAUCUUUAUGCAUUUACAAUCAUAAUGAAAAACUUUCUGUCAAACUUGAGAAUUUUCAACUUUACAAAGUCAAACAAAACUUUCUUAAAGGCCUUUAGUAACUAUUUGAGAUUAUAUAAUAGGGGUGGGAAUCACUAGUGGCCACACGAUACGAUAUUAUCACGAUACUUGGGCCACGAUAUGAUAACGUUUCGAUUUUUAGCAUUUUGCAAUACAGUGAACAUUGCAAUACUAUAUAUUGCAAUUUAUUAAUCUUCUAUGAUGUCACCUCUGCCAACCUCACUGGACAAACAGUUAAUUUUAUUUUUCCAUUAUCAUAGAUUUGACUUCAUUUUAGCAAUUAAUUUGAAAAAAUCGAUACCUGGUCAAUGAGACAAUACGAUAUAUCACCAGACAAAAUAUCUCAAUACUAUGCUGUAUCGAUUUUUUUACACCCCUGUUUAUAUACAGGAGUUAACAGUCAGCCAGUUACAUCACAGUUCAGUUGCAUCUAGCAAAUCAGAUAGCUGUUGUGGGUGGGACAUUAGGUAAGGCAGAGUGGUGCAAAUACACCCAGAUGGAAAGACACACCGGCAGCAGAGACAAAGUAGUCCAUGUUUUAACUAAUUUAUUUCAAUCAGCAAUCUGUUGAAUGAAACGGCAAACAGAUAAUCAGUGAAAUGCCUAAUAUUGCCUGGAUAAUUGACCCAGGCUUAUAAUUAGAGAAAAGAGAGUAAUGUUGAAAGCUAACUUGAUGGUGAAAGUCAAAAUAUUGAAAAAAGAGAGCCCAAAUGUGACGUCAAGAAUAAAGUACAUGGUAGAUCAGUGGCAACAAAGCAGGUCCACAAAAAAUACGACAGUGAACAAUUACCGUCUCACGUACUCGCACUGUAAAUAAAUAACCAGUUCAUUAUCAGCAGGAAUGAUAAGCAUGUAAAGAUGAAUGCAGUGUCCCAUUAAACCCUGUUAAGGUUUAAACUGGCCCAGCCAAUACUGUAUGGAGUAAUACUGAUCAUUCACAAACACAGGCAAACAGUCCCCUUUAUUCAGUCCUACCUUUGCUACAUUUUUUUAAACUUUAUUCUGAACCUUCUUAGUUCAUUCCCUUAGAGUGAAUAUGAUUGAAUAUAAAAGUGAUAAUGAAAAAAGAAAUCCUCCUCAUUGUUUCUCAUGGCUCAGUAAGGUUCAAGCCAUUGUUGGAAAGAUGGCUGUUAAAGGUCCUCUAUCUGCUGGAGGUCUGCUGGAGCCCCCCAUCACCAGAUUGAGGCCAUCUGUCCUCUCCCUCGCUCUCUUCUCUUGAGCACAGCAGCGGUAGGAGGACCUGCUGUAAUGUGUCUGCACCUCAGAGGGAUGCUGGAGACAGGGAUACAGAUUUCCUAUCAUAAUUUUCAGAGAAGUCUUCUUCUUUCUGACUUGAUUCUGGUCCUUAAACUGCUGAUCAGCUAAACCAAAGUCCAAAACAAUCAGCUGUUUGGUACUCACCAGGACAAGAUGUUGCAUGUUUGUGUUGUUUAGUCUAGCUUGAUUACAUAUGGACAGUUAUUCUGUUCUUCAUCAUACUGUCAUGAUCUUGGUAAGAUUAAUGGCAGUCUGAGCUUUAAAAGACCCAAAAUUCAAAAUCUAGAAGUGAAUAAUGAGGGUGUUUGAUUAUAGAGGAUAAUACAGAUUAUAUACACACCUCUCUGUUGAUGCCAAACCGCCUCCUAGAGACACACAGUGUGUGAGCUGUUUGUUACAGCUGUUAGUGAAGUCAGUCCUGAUGCAGCCUGAAAUACACUCCCAUUUUUAAACUGUAUUUUCAGGAGAAGCCUUUUUGAAGACUGUAUCUUACUUUACAAUCAAAAUAACGUAAACUGAAUUCAAUGCUGGAAUACUGAAUAAAAUGAGGUUAAAAUAAGGUCGGCAGUAGUUUUUAGACAGAAAAUAACACUUUCAGAGUCAGAGAGUUAAAAACUGCGUGUAAAUGAAGCACCCAAGUAUUAGUCUGUUGAGCGGUGAUUGCGCUUUCCUCCACAUUUAACAAACUGAAAGACUCUUUUUCUCCGGAAUUCAUGAGGUAUGUCAGUUUAAAAGUUCAUACAAGUGAGAUGCAGAAUAGCUGAACUUGAUUGAGCAUUUUAUUAAAUCAUUAUCGACAGAAAAAAAGCUUGGAACAGUAAGAUUGUUCAGCUGUGCAUCAAAAAAUCAGUUUUUAUUGAUGCAUUUUAAAAUCAUACAUAUGUAGUUAUCUUCAUUAGUAUCGCGUAAUACUGACGUUUAAUGAGUAUAUGAAAAAGACCAACACUGCAGGCUUUCUAUAGGUUUCAGAGCAUGACUGAUAUAUCCGUGAGGAGCAAUAUUUCUUCUAUAUAUUCUUCAUAUUAUAACAAUUAUAGCAAACUAGAGCCACAAAAGAAGAUGGUGAUAUCAGGUUUGUAAGGACAGAUGUCGAUAUGAUGCUGAUUUCUAAAUGCAUCUAAGUCAGCCUGAUUGAUCAGUCUAUCAUUACCAAAGACACCAGUCUGAAGGUUCGAGCUUUAAACCCUGUAAACCUACCAUCAUAGUUACCAAAAGGACUAUAUUAAACCUUUUAAUAAGAGAUAUACCAACCCCCUAACCCACCAUUCUAGGAAGGACACCCUGCAGACUAUUGGAUGAAUGGCGGCCAUUGAAGCGGGCAUAUCAGUCCAUCUCUAGAAUAAGAAUAAGAUCCAUGUGAGAUUAUAUGGCAGAGGAUUAGGGCUACCACAAGAAAUACAAAAAAGAUUAAGUUUUGGAGUGUAAAGUUGUAAUCUUAUGAGAUUAAAGUUGUAAUCUUGCAAGAAUAAAGUCAUAAUUACAGGCUAUAGUUAAUCUAUGUGUAGUUUUGAACAAAAUAUCAGAGAAGCGGCCAGAUGCCUGCACCAAAAUAGGGAGUUCAACUCAACAGCUGAGAGCAAACAGGUUGCAGUAGUGAGUACAAGUUGCAUACUAAACUACACAUCUUCAUUACAGUUUUUUCCACAAUUGGGACAUUUAUGGGAAUGUGAGGCUGAUAUGCUGAAACACUGAGGUUUUAUAAGUUAUCUUCAAGUAUAACAACACAAAAUGCUACCAGUUUUUCUCAUUUCUGAUCAGAUCUGCCACUUCGAAAUAACAAACAAGUAACCUAUUAAAGGGAAAUAACCUUUUCGGGUUUACUCUUGGAAAUGUACAACUUUAUACCCAUAAACUCACCAGUUCAGUCUUUGAAUUCUUGUUUUCUUUCCUCAAACGUGGCCCCGGUUCUCUGUGGUGAGAUACAGAGGUGGGUGUAGAUGUUGAAAGUGGAGAUGUAAAUAGAGACUAAAGGAGAACUCAAUGAGCAGAAACCAGAAGGUGGAGAGUGCUGUUUUGUUUUCAGAGGAUAAGAGUUUGUUUGUGUGUAUGUGUGGGUGUGUGUGGGUAGGUGUAUGUGUGUAUGUAUGUGUGUGUGUGUGUGUGUGUGUGUGUGUGUGUGUGUAGAUUGGGGUCCUGUGUAUGGGAAUGGGAGCAUGUGAUUGUGCUUAGUGCAGUCAGCGCCGGGUUUCCCCCUGAGACGCUCUGCAGAGAGCGAGCAAGGAAGAGAUUUAUCCUGACCACAACACAUUCAUACACGGGCUGAUAAAUGUGGUGGCGCUUCAAAUGUUUUCUCUCUCAGACACACACUCGCGCACACACACACACACAUACACAAACACACACACAUACACAAACACACACACACACAGUAAUAUGAUUCAUGCUGUGUGCAGGGCAGGGUUACCAGUUUGUCUUCCACACUGCUCAGUUAGUGUGUCUGUUUACCUUAAAAUUAAUGUGGUGAGUGUGUGUUUAUAUGUAUUCAAGACACAGCCCCCUCCCUUGUGUGUUUUUGUGUGUGUGUGCGUUUGGGAUGUGUGUGAGAAAAUGUGGCCCGGACACAUCCCUCUCACAUUAAUUGAAUCCUUCAGGAGUGAAAACAGACUCCUUAAGAGAAAGCACAGGGCACCGCUGCCCUGCUGCAAUAAACCUGUCAGAAGCAGACAAACCGCACACACACACACACACACACGCACACACACAAACUAUAACCGACAAACACGAGAGUGAUAGGUGUGUGUGUUCAGUGAGAAAACGAGCGUGCUGUGGCAUGUCGACAUACCUGAAGCAUUAGCUCAGUCGCUCUGUGUGUGCCAGAUUCCUCCCUUUAAGUCAAACAACAUUCAAAGGUCACACACACACACAUGCACACACAGUGUUCUGUCUGUCUGUGUGUUGAGUCCAUGCUCGGUCUGUUAUGCAAAUGGCAGUCAGUCAGUUAAGACUGUGAGGUGAUCAGACACUCAGAGCAGCAACAACAUGAUAACAGUUGAACUAAGUGAGCUUCAUCUGACAGAACGAGCUGCUGCACAUCUCGCUGUUUCUGACCCUGAGAGCAUCAUUGGCUUAUCUAUCAGCUACAUCUAUGUUAUUGUGUUUUUAUAUCUAUAGAGACCUUUCAUCGAUACCCAUAACUAAAUCCAGUUAUUGCUUGUUUUAACAUUGUUUAAUCACAUUUCAUUCAUUAAUACUAUCGUUGAUGCAGUUGAGCAUGUGUAGUCCAAAAGACACAUUUCCCUAAGGGGUCAGUAAAGUGCCUUGUACCCUAACUCACUAAAUCAUAGCAUGUUGAAUUGUAUAAUCACUUAUUCUCUUGUAUUGCAUAAAACGGUAUCGUAUCGUGUCAUAAUGUCUUGUAUCAUAUGGUGUGGUAGGUUUGUAUAUGUAAAUAUACAAUAUAUAGUAUUGUAUUGUUUGCUGUUAUAUCAUAUGCUGUGUUAUGUAAUGGCAUCACAUUGUACUGUAUGACAUCAAAUGGUAAUGAAUGACCUUGAUAAUGGAGGGAUAUGAAUAGCAGGUAAUUAGGACAGGUUUUAUUGCUUCAUGGGACGUAAGGAAAAUUAGGAUUGUUUUAUAUUGAACCAUUUAGAUCCAGGCUUCUCAACCCCCCCCAAUAAUAUUUGUUGCAUUUUUGUGUGGCCUGAACAUGCUGAGACAUCUGGCCUCUUACAGGACCUUUUAGAGGUCAGCUGAUCACAGAUGCAGCCUCUGAUUGGUUGACCAAAACAAUGAGCUGAUCAGCUAACAACCGAAAUGGCACUAUUUCAAUUCAGUUUAAACACAGAUCCGCACAGAUUACCCUUGUUUGGCGGGUAUCGUAUGUGAUCAGUCUCUGAAAAUACACCCAUAUUGUCUGUGGGACAGAAAACCUUCUGGGUGUUGCAGAAGUAGAGUUUAUACCCUGAGCUGCUGGUCUCACGAGGUGAGUGGAUUUUUACAACAAGGUGUUAGGCUUUACUGUUUUACUUGAAGACCUGAUGUUGCCAGGACAGCAGUUACAUGUUGUAUAUGUCAACGUUGACCUUGUUAAUCACUAAACCCUGAAUAAGAAACAUGCAAAGACUGUUAUUUAAUUAACAGUAUGUUGUCAGUAAGCCAGGGAACUGUACCUCAGGAGGUUUGUGUUCCUCCUCUUAUUAAAUGUAAAACCAGAAGUCUCUCAGUCUGGCGAGCGGCAGGCUCAGGUUUAGUGGUCUCAUGUCCCUGAAAACUUGCACUUGUGUGUUUCAUUGCAUCCCUGUUACCAUGCAACUGCCAUCUUGUCAAAGCGAGACUGCACGGUUGUGUGUGUGUGUGUGUGUUUGUGAGAGUGUUUCCAUUAGCUAGUAUGGAGGAGUUUGUCAAAACAACACCUGUCGUCUUCACAGGAGGUUUCUGCAGCACAGCGAGGCUCAAACACUCUUCUGAGGUGUGUUUCCAUCAGACUGUCAGAGAAAGUUUGUGACUCUUCUUUGGUUCAUGCAAAUAAACUCGUAUUUAUGAGUUUCUUUUGAAAUGGAGGAGCAUCAUUCAGCGGCUUCAGUUUCAGGAGGCUGGUGGUGUUAAAUCUGCAGCACCUGCUAUUAAAAACCAAAUAGCUCCUGCCUUCAUUCACACUGUUUCUCUCUUCAAAGACAAACCCACAGGGACAUUUAAAACAGGUACUAGUAUGACGCUCUCCACACUUUCUACAUGUUAUGAAGCAGUUUGUGGAGGCAGCCAAGUGUCUGAGGUUGUCUUUGUUAUGUUUUGCAGACGUGUUGUGUAAUUUCUUCCUCUUUGAAUUAUUCUGCAAACGAGACUCGUCGGAUAUGAACAUGUCAGCGUGCUUUGCAGAACUGGAGGUUUUGAAGUGUCGUAACCUGAGUUUGUGACAAAGUUUGAAGUGAAAUUGGGAAAUAGUUUGCGUUAGGCCCUUGAGCUCAAAAACACAUUAACUCCAAGUGUUUCCUCUAAACAACUUCACAAGUAGAACCAGAUGCUUUCAUUUAGAAAUCAUCAGCAGAUGUACAUUUUAAACCACAUGCUCACAACCUGGAGAAACACAGAGAGCAGAAAUGUGUUACCAGUUAUCAAUGCAAAACCCUCGCCCCUCAGUGUGUGCUCUGCUGUCUUUUCUGUGUUACAGGCAGAAGGAUCAUUUUUGAACGUUAUUUUUGUCCUUUUGAGUUUGACAGAAUAUUAGUUGAGCAGUGUUUCUUUCAUCUGGCUGGUGCAUCAGAGCAUCCCAUCAUUGCAAAAGUAUAGCAGUAGAGCAAUAGUACAGCGCCUAAACAAGUUUCUUUCCAAUCAUUCCAGGGAUGGGAGUGUGUUUUUAAUGCUGCCACCCUUGCACGUCUGCACCAGAACUACCGGUCAUAGUAAAGAAGUUAUUGAUGUCGCUCCAGCCGCUACAACUUUUGAACCAUCCUUCAUCUCCUCACCUGACUUUCCCUCUUUGUUACUGACUGGAUGGGGUGGAGUCACAUCUCUGACGUAGGACAGCGUCUUUAAGGGACAUGAGACCAUAACCUACCUACACACAUCCAAAACCAACUUUUAUUAUUUAUUUUUUUAACACCGAAACAUUGAUAUGGGCAAAAUGAUGUUGGUUAUUAUCAAAAAUUUGUGUAUCGGUAAAUUAUGGUUUAUCGCCCAGCCCUAAAACAUCAUCUCUGUGUCAUCAUGUAGAUAAAUAUCCAUUUAUACAAAUCUAAACAUCAGGAUUUGAAAAACUGGUUCAGUGCUCUAAAGAGACCCCCUCCUCCCCCAGUUCUACCUUCAUCAAUCACAUAUCAGCAUGUAUUAUUAUAGGAUUGUCUUGUAGUAAAUUAAGUUAAACUAAGAGCCUCUGAUUGUUGAAUUUCACAGUAUUUUUGAACCUUAUUAUACUGUAUUGUAUUGUUGGUGCACUUCACCGUAGUGUAUUGACUCAUGCUCUGUCAAAACCUACAAUAGAAUAGAAAGAACUCAUUGUGUUGAACUGAUUGCAUCGUAUCAUAUUGUAUUGUAACAUAUCAUUUUAUCAUAUUAUAUCGUUUCGCAUCGUUUGUGUAUGUGUGUGAUAAACCAUAGAUAGGUACAGACCUCUAUGCCCACUAAACCUUUGCUGGUGUUAAUUGAUGACAAAUAGGUUCACUGUGUGUGUGUUUAAUGGAUAUUAACACAGUUCCUAUUGUAUUAUAAUAUACGCGUUUCCAUACUCUAGUACUCUUUUUUUCAGAUUCUGUUAAGGGUUGAUUUCAGAUCAGUUUGCAACAACUACUCUUGCUCUCAAGUUUGAGUUCUGUAGCUUUUCCUUUCGGUGUGUGUGUGUUUGUGUGUGUUUGUGUGUGUUUGAGUCCUCCCUGACAUGCAGAUAUUGUUUCUUAUGAGGAUCUGAAAAUAGAGGCUCAGAACGUGUUUGGAGUCAAAGAGCUUGUUUCUUGGCAACCUUCUUAUCCCAACACGGCAAACAAACUGUCUGUGAAGAGGGAGCCAAAGACCGUGUGAGUAUGUGUGUGUGUGUGUAAGGGUCAGAAAUCAGUAUGGAGCUGUGAAGGCAGAGCGAGGAAGGAAGGGGGGAGGAAAGGGCGGUGUGGGAGAGAGAGAGAAAGGCCUAAUAAAAGAGUAGAAACAUGUAAAGAAAGGUUUCCCUCCCAGCUUCAGUUUGGAUGUUGUUUCUAAGAGAGGAGCCAAAAUGUUUUCCCUCAAACCACCACACCCUCAGAUCCCUCCUCUUCCUCCUCUCCCUCCUCUCUCUCCUCUCCCUUCUAUCCGUCCCUCUGACUAUUUGGGAAGAGAGAGAGGGACCUUGAGAUUGUGUAUUUUUUUCCUGUCUUUUUGCACAAAAGGGAACCGUGGACUCUGUGUGUUUGUGUGUGUGUGUGCCUGUGGGCGGCUGCGAUUCUGAGAUUGAUCCAUACGCUUGUGGGGCAUCUGUGCCUCUUCACAUGUGUGUGUCUUUGUGUAUGUGAGUUAGUGUGAGACCCUGGUGUUUGGCCUGAAGGAAUGGAAACUGCUGACAUCCUCUGAGAGCCUGAACAACAUUGACAGGUGGUGUGUGUGUGUGUAUGUGUGUAAUCAGGUCUGUGUUUGCUCCACACACACACACCAGGUUACAGUUAAGAAUGAACUGUGGGAAUACCUUGUUGUAAAUCUACUGUAGGCAGGCAGGUAUUCAGACACAGUGUAGUGAAUGAUGGAAGCUGGUAUUUGAAUUAGUCAGUCAGCAUUUGAACAGGUUUAUUGAAUCAUAACUGGCAUGAUUAGGUUAUGGAAAAGUCAUGAGUCAGUGGAAUCUAUUCAUGCUUAUCUCAGAUGAACCAAUAGCAGCAGAGGACACUCACUGUAUGGAGCCAGGCAGAAUAACACUGAAUAUUUUGACCCUUGCUGUCAGAGAUUUAUCAUAAAGGUGGUGUUUCAAACAACCAUUAUAAGGGAGACAUACAGUAAUAAGCCAAUACCCAGGGGUGGACUCAUUUCCAUUAUGAUUCAGUGUUCCCUGCAGAUAAUAAUAAUACUGAUGCCUCAGAUUCUUAUAGUGCUUUAUUAGAGACCCUAAAAGCGCUUUGCAUAAUGGUAUACUCUGUGUUUCUUGAGUUGUAAAAUAAAAAGAUAAAUAAAAUUGCACAGAAGAAUGUUUUUAUACGGUUAAUUCAUUUUAAAAUGUUAAAGGGAUGCAGAAUAAUGGAUUUGCAUCAAUACCUGAUUUGUUGAUAUGCAGAUAUCAAUUAAUUUAAGAUAUUACAGGAAGGCACAGUAUGAAAUUUUUACUGAUACAUGAUAUGCAGAUAUGAACUCAUUUGUAAUGUGUCUGGGAUGUAUGAUAUUGGCUUUACACUGAUAUCUGAAACCUGAUAUAUCCCAUGCGCCGGUAUCUAGGAAUACACAAUAUUGGAUUUUACCAAUAUUUGAAAUGCCAAUAUCAGAUAACCACAAUUUUAAAGAAAUUUUAAAAAGACACCUUGUUUUUAUUCUCGAUCAUGAUGUUCUCUCGAUGUCGGCUAUGUUGAUGUCCAAUAUGUCGACAUCAGUACAUUGGAAAUAUUUUUGUGAUACAUUUUAUUUGAUUUUAGCCUGACAUGCCAAUAUCAGAUAUGCUGGUACUCUGAGUUUGACUAAGCAGAUACCAAUUCAUUUGCAGAAUUUCCAAUUUUUGCUGAUAUCUGAUGUGUCGAUAUUUGGGCUAAUACCAAUACUGACACUGAGAGAAACACACCUUCCUGAACUGUAAAGAACACAGAGUCUCUCCAGAAAUAGUUAACCUUUAACUCUUAUUGUUACAGUCUCAUUAGUUUGAGAAACAGACUAACAAAAGCCUAAAGUUAUUUGUUUCCUCUUUUAAUUUAUUAUUCUUCAAAUAUAGACAUUCAGUGAUGUGCAUUUUUAUGCAAUUAUCUGCCGAUACUGAUACAACGCAGAUAAUAAUAUGCUUUCCUAAAACAUUUCAACAUUCCAUGUUGCUGUAAAUAUACCCUGGUGGCUCGCCCAAGAAUUUUCUCUGUGGAAAACAAAGUAGGAAACAAUGCAGCAUACUUCACCCAUGACACUCAAUACAGUGAUAGAGCGAUAAUCAUGUCAUAAUGUUUAACCAAAGGUUACCAAAAAUACCUCAAUAGUAAAACAACAUAAAUAAUGACUUUGGACACUACGCUGUGAGCAUACAUUUCCCUCUGGAUGCAUUUAAACUGGGCAGGAAUCAUCAUGUAACACUCUACAGAGCAUAAAAUCUUCAUACCACAGGUGAACGAUUCUCUGUUGACUGGAGCGCAUCCUGGAACGCAUAUUUCUCUCUCUUUUUGGCUAGCUGCUCUCUUAGCUUCUUUUCACAGCUGUUUGGCAUACUCUGUUGUUAUCCUGCUGUUGACUUCCUCAUUGGUGAAUCAGCGGCUGUUCAUGGUCCCCUCAUUCAUUUCAUUAGCACCACCAUGAGGAGUCAUGCAGUAGUGAUGCAGUGAGUCAAACUGGCGGGCGAAGCUGUCCUGAGCAACAUAUUUGUAUGAAAAUUUGGGUGUUUUCAGUUGAUUUGGAAAGAACUUAAGUCUGAUUCCACAGCCUAGACCACAACAACCAGCCACUCUGAAGAUUUGUGUUAGGAAUCAAAUAAAGUAGCGCACAACUGUAGAGCAAUAAAUGAGACGUGUGUGUGUGCAUGUGUGUGUUUGAAGCUCCCUCUGUGUCUCUGACUCAACGGAUAUUCACUGCAAACCAGCGCACAACUGUUUGCACAUGUCAUCGUGGUCAAACACAGCAAUGCAGAGCAGCCACUUCACAAACACACACACACAUACACACACAGACCUUGAAUACACACACGUGCAGCAAGACAGUGCACGCACACACGCACAUAAACGCGCAAACAUGGAAAGACCUCAAUAAAUCUGUGCGUGAGCGGGCUGAGUGUGGAAAGAUCCACCUACACAGUAUUUUUAAGAGCAGAGGAAACACACACACACACAAACACACACACACACACACACACAAAACACACGUACAUUAAUACUGCAUGUGUCUGCGCACAGGGCUCAGUUUUUGAUUAAUUGGAGAGCUGCAUUUGCUGUUGAUUUAAAGAUGUUUGGUGUGUGUGUGUGUGUGUUUGUGUGAUUUAAUGUACUGAUUUAGAUGCAGGGGAAACAGCGAGCACAGCACGUCUCUCAUAUUCCCACAGGACUAAUACACACACACACUCACUCACACACACACACACUUCCCCUCCUGGCCCAUUACCGGACACUGCACAACCAUUACCCUGAUAAAACCAACCAUGUGUGUAAGGGACAGGGUGCAGCUCGUAUAUAGGGGAGGGGGAGGGGACUGAGUGUACAUUAGUGUGUGUGUGUGUGUGUGUGUGUGUGUGUGUGUGUGUGUGUGUGUGUGUGUGUGUGUGUGUGUGUGUGAGAAACGUUUCCUGUCUAUUGGUUUGUUGUUGAUUGGCUCAAGCAGUAAUGAGCUAAGGGUUCAAAGUUUGCUGAUGAUGGCACACCUGCAGGGAGUAGAGUCAAUAAAAAUAGACCAGAGUAAUCGAUCCCAGCAUUGUAAUGAGAUCUGACAUGAUUGAUGAGGAUCGACUCUCAUGUUUUUAACGUAAAGUAGGUUUGAACUGUCUGAGCAUGUGCAUUUGAACCAGUUGGUGUGACAGUGGACAACACGACAGCUCCCCAAAAGUGGAGCAGGGACAUGAACUUCCCCGACAUUCACUCUAUGCUCACCCAGUCCCUCUGCUUUACUAACACUCACAACCUAAUCCUGCUCUCAGCCUGCUGUGUUGCACUUACUUUUUUGGGCUGCUAGUUUAUCUACAGAUCUACUUUGAUCGAAUAUUGAACACAGGGGUUGAAAACAUGCCGUUGUUCAGCUUCAUGGUGCCUCCUUUGCCACUGCGGCUUUACAUAAGUGGCAAACCAUCAGAUAAGUCCUCAAAGUGGCUGUUUCAGUCAAGAAGACUCAGCAUACAGACCCGUGUUUGUCCUUUAGAUCCUGAGAUACUUCCACACUGAACCUCUGAGAUGUUUAAAUAAAGAGUAAAUGUACUAUUUAGUUUACUAAGGUCAAGAGUGCAUGGUUACAAUGAGAGCGCCCUCUGCUGGAUAGUACGGCAAGCUACUCAUAGGGCCUGAUAUGCUGGUAGACUGAGUUGGUAUGAGUUGUGUGUUAUGAGGAGGUGAAUGUUUCAGUCUAUAUGAAUGAGGUGUUCUGAUUUUCUGCACACAUGCUUGUCUCCAGCUAUGUUGAUGAUUGUGUGUGUUUGUGCGUGUGUAUGUGUGUAUGUAGCGGUCACAUUUACUGUCCUCCUCCUCACUGCAGUCUGUCUGUGGUCUGUGCUGUGGAAACAGAGUCCACAGUGGCUCAGUAAUAAUGUGAUUACAACAGACUGCUUCAGCACAGAGCCGUCAGCAUACAUCGAUUUUACACACACACACACACAUUGACACAGUGUGCAAUCUCAAUUGAACAUCUUUGCCAUCAUCAUUUGUGUACUUGUUGUUACCACGGUGACUGAUUUGCUGUCAUAUUUCUCUUCAGGUGAUGCCUUCCCAGCAGGCUCCAGUCCCUUUCUGUCGGGUUAUCCGGGCCCUUCCUCUUUGACCUCCGACCCCACGUACAGAUCAGCCAAUCCCAGUGGUCUGCAGAUGGCUCAGCUCUGGGCCUCACACGCUCAUGAAGGUAAAUUACACAUUGAGAUAAAUGCUUUGCUGUAUUAUAUGUGCCUCCUUACUAAGUGUAGCUCAGCCAAACUUUUGCUGAACUUUGUUUACGUAUCCUGGCAGAUAAGUAAAACUUUGAUGUGACAGAUUUAUGAUGUUGUAAGACACCAAAGAACCUGUUUUAACUCCAGGACAGCAUGUUCAACCUGCUGCUUACUGCUGUUUGUGAUAUCAUAACUGAUUGGUGGAUCUGAGAGAUGACCAAUGGUGUCAAAUCUCUUGUUAUCUGAUGGACGUCGUCAAACUAAUAACUAGCUGCUUUAUUUCACUUCUGUAUCAAUAUUUGUCCCAGGGGUCUGAUAUCAGUCUGGCUCUGGCUCAAAGCCUCGCAGACAGCACUGACAUCAUAUUUCUGUGACAUUUCUCACAGUCUGCUCCGUCCUAAACCCAGGAGGCUCGUUCCUCUGCCGCUCAUCGCUCACUCCUGUGGGAUCCUGUUCCAUUUCUGUCUCUGCUUGUAGCGGCGCUCUCGGCUCUGUCCUAUAUGCGUCUCCUCUCCUCUGUCUCUGACCGGUGUCUUCCUUUCGCCUGUCAUACAUUACUGUAAUCCAUCUUUCUCCCUCUCUUGUCCUUUUUUCAGCCCUCUGUCCAAUCCGCUCUGUCUCCGUCCGUCCUCCUAUAGUGUUCCUGCCCCACUUUCCUGCAGCGUCCCUCCCCUGACCCAGCUAUAGAACAGUUUUAGAGGUUUAUUUAUAUGCUGUACAUACAUCUUAGUGUGUGUUUUUGUCCUCCCUUGUGCCUCUCUGUCCUUUCUGUUCUUUAAGUGAUUACAUCUCCCUCCUCUCCUCCUUCCCUCUGUCCUUUAUGCCUCUCCUUAUCGAAUCUUACUGGAGUAGAAGGUCAGAUUGGAGGAAACGUAUCCUGCAGCCUUUUGUUGGAGUAAAGGGAGAAGGACGAACAGAUUAAAUUCAGGACUCAUUUUAAAACUGAUCACACCACCUGUGUGACACGGGUCUUAUUCAGAGCUUUGCAAACAGCAGGUCAGACUGUGUGUGAUUAGUUUUACGUUUUCAUUUCACUGUGAAUUUCUUGAAUUGAGAGCGACAGAAACGUGAUUGCGUCCUUUAUCACAGGUAACACUCAGAGCUCAAACUUCUGCUGGUUUGCUGGCAACCGCUCACAGCCCAGAAUAGUCUGGCGCACAACUCACUGUGAAACUGAAUUUAUUAUGUGUUGUGAGUUGACCGAACAACAGAAUUAAGCUUUAAAGUUGUCUGUUUUUACUUUCCAUCCUCGUCUUCUGUUGAUGUUUUGUUUCCAACCUGGCUUCCUUCAAUCAAUCAAUCAAUCAAAUUUUAUUUAUAUAGCGCAAAUUCACAACAAUCGUCAUCUCAAGACGCUUUUGAAGGAACAAGAGCAGGUCUAGACCACGCUCAUUGUUUGAUGAUCAAGAACCAACCUAAGAUGGGUUUUGGCCCAUCUCAACUAACAUGAGUAGCAGUGGCAAGGAAAAACUUCCUUUUAACAGGCAGAAACCUUGGGCAGGACCAGCCUCAUGUUAGACAGCCACCAUGCCGCUGCUGGGUUGGGGAGGAAUGUAGAGAGAAGAGGGGAGAGGGUAGAGGACAGGGGGAGAGAGAGAGAGAACAAGAUAAGGGAAGGCGCACUUAUGCUGCUUAACUUCAGGUUAAAGCCCAACAUGCAAACUUUGGAGCCUGCUCAGAAUACUCAGGCUCAUUUGGGUUUGAUUAAGGUGUACAUACGCAAAAGAAAAUUCACCCUAAGCAUUUUAGGUGUGUUCAUUGAUCCAACUCUAAAUAAACUCUAAAAGUUCAAUUUCCAUCAGUUUAAGCAAAAAUUCUUCAAACUGUCGAGAUAUAAAAAGUGAAAUCUAACAAAAUCCAAUGAAAUAAAAGUGUUUAAAUGAAGCACAUUAAAUACAACCAAAGUUCAAGUAAAACACUGAAACCAUGAAAUCACAAAAGUAGGACCGAAUAACCUUUGACCCUCCGGUCAGUCAAAGGCUUUCUGUUGUACUUCCAGUGUCACUUUUGAAGAACCUUACGGGACCCAUAAAGGUGAAGACACACCUGGAUUGACUUUAAGUUCACCUGGAGAAGGAGGACUAAAGGAUUGGUGGACUGAACUCUCAAGUUUAGCUGUGGGAGCUCAGACAGACUUUGAUAUGAAUAGAAAUGUUCACGGUCUCGGAAAGCUUCAUAAAGGUUGGUGGCGGGAUUUUACAGCAGGUAGAGUCUCUCAAAGCUGGAGCCGUUUCCAGCAGCAGCUCACACUCACACUUUGGAUGUGGCGAGGAUCCACCGUGUCUGCAGAGGAGCGCUGAAUCAAAGCUGUUAAAGAUCAAGGUUAGCUGUUAGCGCCGGUUUAAGCUUUACGGGAACCAAUCCUGCAUGCCUUUGCUUUCGUCACAUCAUUCCUCUUAUAUUUCUGUCUCCCUCUGUCCACCUCCUCCUGCUUCUCCAUUUCUGCCUCUGAAAAUGGAGCAAGGACUCUGAUUUAUUCUCGGGCUCUGCUCCCUGGCGCUGCGUGCUGGAACGACGGCGGCAUCUUUGAUAUUUCUUGGAAUGGUCGGAGUGUGGGAACAGGGAAUGUCUCACCCUCUCUGGGUGGCAGACCCAGCCUUUUUUCUGUGAGUGUGUGUGUGUGUGUGAGGGGUAACACCAGCCAGCGUCACACUAACAGUCAGCUCAGCCUUAAAACAAAAUCCAGCACGUUACACCGUCAGGCGUGAGGCUCUGUCUAUAUUAAGACUUGGUCUCUGAGAGAAGCAGCUGGCCGGCGGGUAGACUCUGACCCAACGACAACCUCAAACUGACCUCAGGAACAACACGAGGCUGUGCAGGUGACGGGGGGUCAUCUUCACCCGUUCAGUAUUUUAAAAGGACAUCAAUCUAGUUAAGAGAUCUGCAUGCAACAAUCUGUUCUGGAUCAAAUGGUGAAACUGAGACACAAAUCUGCUUGAUGCUCUGCCGCUAAAGUCAACCAGGGAUAAGAUUUCUCGACUUUCUGGAAAACUAAAGACUUGUUCCAGUUAAAUCACAGGAAAAGUGCUUUACAUCCUGGGUUUAUACCGGUGCAGUUAAACCAGAGUGAAACUGAGACUCACCAGAAUUAUAUGAACAGGCCCUCCUCUGGUUUUCCCCUUCGAAGAAGCUUUCAUUUCCCCCUACGGGAAUCUUUAUCAUGUUGUUAUUACAGUUAACUGAGGACCGGUUAACCAUGAGGUAAUCAUGAGUUUCUUUUCCAGGUAAAUACUGCUGAAUAAGCCUCUUUGUAACUCACCGUUUACUGGGAAACUGAGACUCAUUGUACACAGACGAACAGGAACUCCCCUGGGGUUGUAAUGAAGUAUGAAGUGAUGAAUUUUCAACAUGAACACUGAAAGGCUGAGCUAGUUUCUAACUGGUCAGUCAAUGAUGUACUGUUUGAAAAACUUACCGUUGUUUGUCUCUGACCCACAAACAUGGCCGUCACUCCCACAAGUAUAAUGGACACAAGACAGCUGAAUGGCUCAGGGACUGAAUAAUAUUUACUCUAUUACACAUUUACUCCUCAUUUAUGCUGUAGAUUUCACUCAUGUAUGGAAAUAUUCAUUUCUUUCUCUAAAGCCGGUUUAAACCAGAAUUUGCAGCUACGAGAGUUGAAUCUUCAGAUUCUCCGUUUUCCCAUGAUGCACUGUGAUAUAAAAACAGAGAAGCCUUAAAGCCUCACAUUUGAGAGCUGGAAACUGUUUUGCAAUUCUGGUUGAAAAAUAACAGAAACAAUCAACUUUUUUUUUCUAAGUCUCUUUAGAUUGAGGCUGUACUGUUCUCUGUUCGUGCUUUAAACCCUCUUGCAGCUCUCCUCCAGGGUCUUUUCUUUAGAAGCUCCAAACACUCUUCAUAAAAGCUACAGUAAAGCUUAGAAAUGUGCUGUGAAAGAAGUCAUUGUGUGUGAAUGACAUUGACAUGUUCUGUGUUUUUCUUCAGGCUAUCCUCACCUGCCCAGCAGUCUGUACUCCAGCCCAUACCUGUCCCUGGGACACCUGGACCCUCCUUCACUGUCCUCCCAUCCUCUCUAUGAGUCACACAAAGGUGAGCGGCUGAAUCGACCCCUCCUAUCUGGUAGAAGUAGAUUUUUAUUCAUUAAGAGGACGCGUAGUUGGAUGUGGAUCUGGUCCCAGUUUUCAGUUUUAUUCUUGGUCUUCAUCAUUUACAGAGGGCUAUCUUCACUCUUUCACUGUUAGAGAUGGGAGGAAAAUCAAUUCACUUAAGUAUCCAGGUUCUUUUUUUUUUACAGGAGCAUUUUUCUGGACUUAAUGGUUUUGUUUCAGGACACUUUCAAGGCUGUAAAUGAUUCAUCACUCACUCCAUCUUAAGUUUCCCAGCCUGCCAUACAUACAGCAGGGAAAUAAGAGACAAGAGUCCAGUCAGGGAGAAUCGAGGACUUAAGCAGCCCCUCUUUAAUCCAUCCAUCCACGUACAUAAUAUGAGCAGCUUUACUUUCACUUUUCUGUGAUGUACAGAAUCCCUAUUAUUAAUAGCUUGCAGGUUUUUCUUCACCAUCAUGUAUAAAUAGAUUUAUUAUCUUGUGUAGUUGGAGCUUUUACAGCCUCUCAUAUCACUGUUGAUAAAACUGGUGUUAUUUUUCUCCCAAGCAUAAUUUUGUUUUGAGAUAAUAUAUUGCUGUUCUAUUUUAAGCCUUGUGUCUUUAUAUACUUAAUAUCAUAUAAAACACUUCUUUUUUCUAUGUUCACACGCCUUCAACGCUCUUUUGUGCCACUCAUAUUUACUGUAAACUUGGUGUAUAAAACACACAUUUAAUACCUGUUUGUCAUCCAAAGCAUACACAGAGGGAGGUGUUUAAUGUGUUAGGGUAUAAUACCCAGCAGAUGGUGCUCACAAAAGCAAGUGACUGCUACCAAAAAUAUGUUGUAUAUAAAGUGAGCAGCGCCACAUUACGGCGAUUUCUCUUCCUCAUUAGCUUGUUAUCCCAAAUUUAAAAAAGAACAAUGAAGCCUGUUGAGAGUUGCCCUCUAAAAAUCAACCCAUAUGUGGCACUUGAUGACACAACUUCCAGACCCUUAGCACAUGGUAGUAGUUAGUACUAUUGACUCACAGUAGGUAUGUCCCGAUCCGGUAUUGAUAUCGGUCCAAUAUCAGCAAAAAAAUGAAUAUCGGAUUAUAUCGGCCUGCAUCUAAAAUCUCCGAUAUGAACACUUUGAUACAAGCAGUCCAUUCCAGACUCCACUCCAGCACCUCUAUCUAGCAGUGCCUGGAUCUAGCAUGCAGAGCCCGUGUGAUCACAACAACAGUGUGUACUAAGGUACCAACAAAGUAGCAAGGAGAAGGAGUGAUUUCACGUGUGGCAGUAUUCAGAAUCAGAAUCGCCUUUAUUGUCAUUGUAAACAGUACAACGAAAUUUGAGCGCCACUCCCUUUGGUGCAUAGCAAAAGUAAUAAAUAAAUACUAGAAAUGAAAGCCAUUUAAAACACAAAGAUAAGAAUAAGAAGAAAGAAAAGUAAAAAAGCAGUAAUAUAUACAGAAUAUAAACAAACAGGAAUUAUAUGAAACCUGACAAUUGCACAAAUGAAGCCCAGUGUUAUUGCACGGUUAGAUGAUACAUUUAUUGCACUGUGAUCAAUGUGAUCAGUAUAUAUGUUGGUUGAGGGGGACAGGUUCAAUCGGACUUGUUGUUGUUGACUGCACUGAUAGCUCUCGGGAAGAAGCUAUCCCUGAGUCUGUUGGUCCUUGUUUUGUGUGACCUGUACCUUCAGCCCGACAGUAACAGGUCAAACAGGUCGUUUUCCGGGGUGUCAUGCACAAGUCAAGGCCAAUAUCAGAUCAAUAUCGUUAUUGGCCAAUGCUGAAGGCUACAAUAUCAGUAUUGGUAAAAAGUUGUAUCAGGACACCCCUGGUUCACAGUGUGGGGCAGCAAAGCAUCAUCAACAAUAACCUUAAAAGAAGUUUCUGUCAUGAGGCUGAUGAUGUCCACUGAGUUUAUUAGUAUGGUUUAUUCAGUUAAGUGUCGCUCCGCCCUUUUAUUCCCUUCAUUCAUUUGACGUUUUUCACAAACAUCUCAAAAAUGUCAUUAAUUGAUUUGAUAGCCACUAUAAUUAAAAAUGUGACACCAUAACAGCUCUAUUUCAGUAUCAAAAAAGAACUAAAAUUUGAUAUCUAUGAUAAUAAUCACAAAACUUUAAAAAAUUAGUUUUUUUAAGGUGAAAAUGGUCAUUCAACAUAUCUCAUAAGUGUGCCUUUCCAGCUCCAGAAUGUGUAUUUGUGUAGUUAUGUGUGGUUCCUGUGUUUCAGAUGGGUUCUACCUGCCAGCCUCCUUCAGCCAGCUGCCCCUCCACCCUCCCCACUCUGCCCCGUCCAGCUCCACGCCACCGCAGAGGAUAUCCCGGGACGCAGGGAGAGAGCGACAUUACCGGAGCGAGCGGGACAGAGAGAGAGAGAGGUCCAGAGAGGAGCAGAGGCCUCACAGCGUAGUGGACCUGACACAGGACGGGAGGAGCGAGGAGGAGCGCCGGGGGAGGAGUGGAGAACGGGAAAGGGAGAAAGAGCGGGACAGGGAGAGGGACUUGGAGAGAGACAGACAUGUUUGGCCCUUAAGUCCCCAAUCAAACCAGCCGAAGUCACAAUCCUCAGCGGAGCACAGAUCCAGGCCGUCACCUCCUCGGCCCUCCUUCUCCUCAGGGGGAGGAGGUGGAGGCCGGUUUCACGGACUGGAAUCAGACAGAGGGAGUCGGGAUGAGGAGGGGGGCUCUCGGUCUCACAACCAUAACUCGAAUAACUCUAACUCUGACAGACAACGGAGAGGUGACCCUGUGGCCACAUCAGCUGGGACCCUCCACCUCUCCUACGCCUUCCCUCCUCCUCCUGCACUUCAUCCCUCCCCCUCUUCCUCCUCCUCCUCUUCCUCCACACCCAAAGACACAAUCAGAGAGCAGCGAGUCAUCGCACCGACGUAUGUGCCUUCUGUGGAGGUUUACGACGAGCGAGUCGGGCCGAUCCAGAUCGCGUCUCAGGCUCGAGACAAACAUGGUGACAGACACAGAGACAGAGAACGAGAGAGAGAACGAGAAAGAGAAAGAGAGAGAGAACGAGAGAGAGAGAGGAACAGGGAGAGGGAGAGCUACAGGUUUCCUGAGAGGAGCCUGAUGGAUCAUCCUCGUCUCUCAGGCGAUUCAAGCAAUCAUCGAGAGGAAGGUUCUAUUAUUUGUUCAAACGGUUCUUCUGGAAAACGAGGCCAGGACGCACCUUUCUCCUCCAGCCAAUCACGGUUCAGCCCAGAAAGCAGGGAUGUUCCUAAACACUCCUUACGAUUGGGCGUAGAGCGGACAGGGGCGGAGUCUAAGUGGAGUACGACUAUCAGCCCGUUAGCUAACUAUGCUACCAGUCACAUGGCUGCUCUGGCAGCACAUCACGGACACACACUCUCUUCUCCCACACACACACAAAUGUCUCCACACACACACCGGCCGAGCAGCAACACACACUCCACUCACAGUCACUCCCCCCAGACACACCCCUCCCAACACACAGGUGAGGAGGGGACUCAGAGACGCUACCUGGACCCAGCAGCGCUCUACAGACCCGGGGGAGAGCGAGCUGGGGGCGGGGCCUCAGAUCACGCAGAGGUUUCAGCCAUGCAGAGUCUGAUCAAAUACAGCGGGAACUUUGCCUCCGAGAGUCCUGGGUCAUCCAGGCACGCCACGGAUGGUCGAGGACCCUUCGGCGGUCUGGGGAGCAUCGUAGCAGAAGAAAGAGAGAGAGAGAGGGAAAGAGAGAGGGAGCGGGAAAGAGAGAGGGAGAGGGUGUCAGUGGGGGCAGGGGGUCCAGGGUCGCUAAGAGUACCACCGCAGCUGAAGAGGGAGCAAGAGCGCCCGGACAGCGCCCGCUCAUUUGGCCGAGAGGGUGAAGGAGAGGUACGUCAUCCGCCAGUGGGCAUAGCUGUGGCUGUGGCGAGACAGAGAGACAGCGGGAGCAGCAGCAAACCCAGCAGUGGACCAUCAGAGACCCAGAGGACGCUGCUGCAGACCACCAUUAAAGGUAAAUAUGACUUCUUCUUAGCAUAAAGUGGGAUUUUGAAUUUGAUGAAAGCUGCAAGUAGGAGACCGAGGAGAGAGAGAUGAACAGCAGAGUGUGGAAAGUGCUGUGUUGUGGAUCAUCUGCAAAGGUUUGAUUGUGUGUGCUGGGAGGCCUGCCAGUAAGGAGUUGCAGUAGCAGACAUUUAGUGUGAAUUUCAGCUGUUUUUUUUAAUCUCUGCAGAGUUCCUUAAUAAAGUUGCUAAUUAAAAGCCUUGGUUUGUCACUUGAUAUAAUACAUUGUAAUACACAUGUUCUCAUCAGCUUUGAAGGAUCCACAGUGACACUAUCAUGUUUAAUCAGUUGUGGAGUCGCUGACUCUCUCCAUUGAAAAUAUGUUUCUCUCUAGUUUAACUUUCACUUCCUGCUCUCAGCUUUCUGUGGAUCACUGCAGGAGGUGAAGCUCUCAUCAGCUAAAUGAAGCUUGAAUUCCUCGUUUGUUUUCCAUCGAUAAUUAAGGGUUCGUUUUGUCAUAGAUCAGUGAUGUUUCCUCAGCUCUGAUGAUGAAGUGGUGUUGAUGAUCAGGGUGGUAGAAAAUGACUGGCUGUGGUUCAGGUUUGUGUUGUUUGGUGUCGCUUUAUUAGGUGAGUGUUUUUCUUCCCUUUGAGCUGCAGAGAAACUCAAACCGUGCAGAGCUCUAUUCCUGGACGUCAAGGUCAUUCAGAGACGCUGCUCCAUCUCUGUCUCCCUCUCUCUUUCAUUUAUCCUUUCUGUUCUCUUUUACUCUCUCCUUUCUCUCUUUACCUCAUUGUAGAUCUUUUUCUUGAUUGUUCUUUCUUUUUUAUCUCUACUAUCCUUCUUCUGUCUCUUCCUUUGUCUUUCCUUUGUAUUUUCUUACUCCUUUCCUUCUCUCUGUCCUUCCAUCUUUCCCUCUCAGUGUUUUAUUAUUUUUACUCCUCCUUUCCUUCUUUCUUCUUUUCCCUCUCCUUUCCUCUUUCCUUCUUUCUUCUUUCCUUUCUUCUUUCCUUUUUUUCCUCCUUUCCUUCCUUCUUUCCUUUUUUCCUCCUACUUUCCUUCCUUCUUUUCUUCUUUUGCUCCUCCUUUCCAUUUUUUCCUCCUCCUUUCCUUCCUUCUCUCCUUUUUUCCUCCUCCUUUCCUUCCUUCUUUCCUUCUUUUGCCCCUCCUUUCCUUCCUUCUUUCCUUCUUUUGCCCCUCCUUUCCUUCCUUCUUUCUCUCUUUUCCUCCUCCUUUCCUUCCUUCUUUCCCUCUUUUGCUCCUCCUUUCCUUCCUUCUUUCCCUCUUUUGCUCCCCCUUUCCUUCCUUCUUUCCUUUUUUCCUCCUCCUCUACCUCCUUCUUUCCUUUCUUCUGUCCUCCUUUCUUUCCUUCCUUCCCUUUCUCUUCUCUUCAUCCCUUCUUACCUUUCUUUCCUUUCUUACCUUUCUCCCUCCUUCCUUCUUUCUUUUCUGUUCCUUUUUUCGUCUUUUUUAACUUCCUUCUCUACAAUCUUUCCCUCUUAUUCCUAAUUUUCUUAUCUUCUUCUUUAUUGCUUUUCUUUUGAAUUUCCUUAAUCCUUUUCUUUUUCUUUUCUUCUUUUUUCUUAUAUUUUACUCUUCUGGGUACUUUUUCAUCUUUUCUGUUUUAAUUUUCUUUCCCCCUUUCUGUUUUUUCUGUUCAUCCUUCUUUCUCACAUUUCUUUAUUCUCUUUCAUCUUUUUUGUGUUUUUUAUGUCUUUUUAUCUCUUUUCUUUUCCCCCCUGACCUCUUUCCUCAUUGCAGAGACACUCCCUCCUCGUACUACUUCAGGCCCCCUGCUCUCUCUCUCUCUCUCUCUCUCUCUCUCUCUCUCUCUCUCUCUCUCUCUCUCUCCCUCCCUCUCCUCUCAUUUCUUCCACCCCCUCCUCCCCUGCAUUAAACAUGUCAUUACAGAGUGCAGCUAAAAGCUACAAACAAGCCUUGAAUUACAAUAAGACCAUGGUUGUGUUGCUAAGCAAUGGAUCAGUCUUGAGAGUGAUGGACUGUGAGUGUGUAUGAGUGAGUGUGUGCUGCUGUUUAUGUGUAUGUAUUUGUAUUUGGGGGCGUUGAUUCAUGGAGCAGAGUGAUUGGUCUGACAACAUCUCUCCCCUCUCGCUGUAAAGAGCCUUAAACAAACAACAGAAAGACUCUCUAAUACUCACAUUUGGACGGAUGAAUGGAUGAAUGGAUGAAUGAAGGAGAAGACAGGCAGGCUAAUGAUAAGAGAUGGCUGUGGAUCGAUAGGUUGAUAGACGGGAAGAGAGAGGUGUGUCAGGAACAUUGACUGUAUGUAAAGAUGAGCAGCUUAUCUUUACUUCCUCCUGUUGUACAAAAGUGAAGUCAGGUAGUUUGUUAGCCUCACUCUGGGGACACUUUUGGAGUCUGUCUGUGCAGGAGACGAGACCUGCUGGGGCUGUUGUACUUUGUCUUGCUAAUAAAGUGUCUCAUGCUUGCUUGUCAUCACUAAGGCCUCGCUCCUCGUGCUUUAAAGAUCCACCAGAGGACUUACUCCCCACUCUGGUCUUUCUCAUUUCAUCAUUUAAGUGGAAUUUGUCUUGGUGGAGUUAAUGCAGCAACAGACCUAGGACCCGAGCACAUCUUACCACCAGAAAUAAUGUACAAGAAGUCCUACAUUUUGUGUAGGAAAACUCUACAUUGAUAGUUUGUUAAACAUAUUUAAGAAAUGCAGGUGUAUGGUUGAUCUUAGCAACAUCUGCAACUUUCUUGCGCUCCUUAAACUGUUAGACGUUGAUUGAUUAGAGGUAAUAAUGAUAACGUUACGGUGAGAGCUGUUUUGGGGAGAGGUAGAGGACACGCUGUACUGUAAAGGCAGAGAGUGAGGGAGUGCUCCACAAGACAAAGCAAGCGCAACAAGGCAGGCGGCACAGAAACAACCUUCCAAAUCGACCAUCAUGUAAUUCGACGUAUUCCUUUUAUGCAUGUUUUAGUGAUAUCGACUCUCCUUCUGAAACAGGCCGAGUAUGUGCAGUUGUGUGUCCAGCUCAGUGAGUCUCCCGCUGUGAGGUGCUGGUGUGAGUUCAGAAUAAAUGUAUUGGAGCCAGAAUUUCCUGAAAUUAUCCAGGAACUAUCAGGAGCUCAGUGUGCAAAGAGCUCGUUGUUUGAGAUGGAGAGGGAGCGAGCGGAGAGAGGGGGCGUGCAGCGCUAAUCGCUAGCUUUCUGAUGCGGAGAGGAUAACAUGUGGGACAGACUCCCCGUAACCUUGGAAACAGUCUUGAAACCUUUCCUGCAGAGCGUGUCAGGGUUUGUUAAAGUCUCUUGUCCCUUUACAGGCUCCACACACACACACACACACACACACACAUUUAGAGCAGAACUGAUGGGUUGAGCACACUCCCAGCUGCUUGGGGACCGUCCUUCAGUCAGCGCAUAUGAGACAGAAUAACUGGAAGAAGCUGGAGCAGAGGAUCCUCAUGUUUAUUCUGGUUUUCUCAGUCGAGUGCAGAGACUUUUUUUUUUUAUUCCAAGCGGAUUGGUUUAAGGCUCUGAGUGUGUGUGUGUGUGUGUAAAUGUGUGUUUCAUGUGUGUGUUUCAAGUGAGGCAGCAGAGGUAUGUUCACACGUCUCCUGUGGCUCUAGACUAAUAACUGAUAAGAGCUGACACUCAGACUGAGAGCUGUCACUGCAUGUGUGUGUGUGUUUGCACUCAUUCUUUGGCCUCACAUUAUAUUUUUAGCCUCCCCCCUCUAUCCAACACGCCGUGGUGUCACCCUUUUCCAGCCAGCGUCUCCCAUGUUUCCUCUCAAACCCGUUCUUUCCCAUCAUUCCUUCCUCACAGCUCCAAAUCGUCCAGCCCGUCUCUCUUACUGCUCAGUCUUCCAUUUAGAAAUGAUGAUGAUAAUAAUAAAGUUAAUCUGUAAAGCUCCGAUCAAAACAGACAUUAAAAAAUAAGUGCUUCGCAAACAUAAAAGCUGUCGAUAAAAGAAUAAAACAUGGAGACUAAAUAAAAAGGCGAGCCAAUUAAAAGACGACUCAGCCAACGAUAAAAGCUGAAUAGAGAAAUGAAAGAAUGAAAGAGGAACGGUUGAAAACAACAUCAGCCUCACAAAAAACUAUAAAUACGCUGAACAAACAAAACACCAUGUUAAAAAUGCUGAAAAUACACAAAGUUCUUCUGACAAAAAUAUGUUUUUAGAAGGAAUAGGAAAGAAGACGCCAAUAAAAGUCACCACAGGUUCUCGGACAGGUCAAGAGCAGAAGAAGUUUGGAACUUUAAAGAGGUUCCUGCACAAGGAUCUGAGGCCACACACCAGAUAUUCAUGAGACAGGUUAGACAUGUAAUCUGAGGCUAAGCCAGGUUAGGACAGUCAGAGUUGACCACCCUUUGUUUCUGCUCUCUGACUGUCAACUGAUUUACACAGAAACUCAAUGAUCAUCUUCAGAUCUCUGACUGCUCCAAGAAGCAGGUUUUUUUAGUCCCACUCCGAGUGUUUUCACUACUUAAAGUGUUCUCAGUGGUCUUUAAAUUGUUAUUAUGAAGUUUUUAGCCAAAAUCACGUUACCUGUGUCGUUUUCAAAGGCUUUUCUGCUGCAAAACUUUGAGUUGUGGGCGGAGACAGCGCUGCUCUGCACACUUCUCCUCGAGUUAGCUUGCAGCCUAACAUUGCCGGUGUAAGAAACAGGUAACAUAGGAGCUAUUCAGUUCUCGGACACUACUGUCUUCUCAUGAUGUCCUCUAGUAUCAGAAAAAUGCCAUAUGAACAUAUAGACAACAAGAAAAACAUGAUUUUCAUCAGAGUGGCUCUUUAAUGUCAUCAAUGAUUUUAAUUCUCAGCUACUUUAUGCAGAAAUUUGGGGGUUGUUUUUACUUUUGGAUACACGUAUGAAAUAUUUGCCUAGUUGGUGUCAGUAUGCGUUAUUAGCUGCUGCUGACAAUAAUAUGAAAACAUGUAACACUGAAAAUUUGCUCUCCUCUGUGCCUGAACAGACGAGGAGCGAGCAGAGGAGCGUGCUCGACAUCACGAUGACAGACUGCUGGCAGGCCGGCUGGAGCGCGAGCAGGAGAAAGUGCUCAGGUGUGCUUAUUUGUCUGUUAAUUACAGUCGUUUGUGUUUUUUAAUAAGAUAGAUGGUAAAAUCUAAAAUGAAACACUUAUUAAAAAAUAAAACAAAAUGUGCCUUUCAGCGAGUCGAAGGAGCUGGCCGACUUUACUCAGAUGCACCCCACCCCUCUGUCAUCCACCCUGACACCCAGUAUUAUGACACCCAGCCUCAUGACGCCAAACCUCAUGGUGACAGGAGGGGCGGCCCUGGCAGGGGCAGGGCGCUGGCCUCCUGACCCCUCAACUCUGACCUCUCACCCCUGGAUGACCCGGCCUGGAGCCCCUCCAGUCUGGCUGCCGGGCUCACCUUACAGUAAGUGGAGGAAUAUUUCAAGUAUAUCUUCUUUGUCUUUUCUUCUGCUCCAAAGAAUUUCACACCAGCAGCGAGUGUUAAAAAUGUACCCUCCACCUGUGUGUCCUGAUGGGACUGUUGUUGUCUGUCUGUCUGUCUGGUCCAGCUGCAGCCCCCCUCCCCCCCGGGGGUCAGACAUUCCUGAUCUUUACAGGACGUUCCUUUUCCUCCAACACUCGCCGUUAAAAUAAAAAAACAAUAUCAAGACAACACACAUGUUCACCCAGAGCUCCCCAAGGGCCAGCUCUGUCUAGACACUGAUGUCAAAAAAACAACAAAAAUCUCUGAGAAGCAGCCAAAUUCAGCAUGUUUGCUCACUGAUGUAACUCUGCUGUGGUUCAAACAGCAGAAUAAACACAGAGAGAUGAUAAUGCUGCUGCUUUAACUGAGCUGUGCUCUGUCUCCUCUCUUUAUAGCACUUACUCACUGAUUCUCUCUGUUUUCUCUCUUUCUUCUCAUUUAGGCCUGGGUCCAUCUUCACUCCACCAGACUCUCCCCCCCGGAUACCCUCCCUCCCUGCCAGGCUCUAUGCCCCCUCCUUACCAGUUUGCACGGGACCCCCAGUCCGGACAGCUGAUUGUCAUCCCCACUGAGCACCUGCCACACUACGGUGAGAGAAUGAGGGCGGGCUUUAGAGAUCUGAUACACUUUUUACAAGAAAACCUUCACUGUAAAAUAAAAAGAGAAAACAAAACCAUGAAGCAUCAACUUAAAACUGAAAGUUAUUCUCUGUUAUAAAAAAUAGGAAUGGUUCACUAGAGAGAUUAGGAAGUAUGGGAUUAAUACAAGUCUCCAGUUCCUCUCAGUGGUUUAAUCUUCCUGCUCUGUGUGCAGAGGAUGUAAUUCUCUAACAGGGCAGCCUCGGCCCCCAGGUCGAACUCCCCUCCCAGUUUCCUGAUAUAUGCACUGGCCUGUCUUCUUGAUAAAUGCAUGAAAUGAUAAGAGAUGUAAGAGGUUAGUUAUGGGUUAAUAAUAAUCUGUAACUUCAGCUGAAUAGUCCUUUAAUGAAGGGGCGCUCAAGUGUUCUACUAAAGUUUAAGUUUUUUUAAUGACAUCUUACUGAAGAGUCUGUUAAUUUACUCAAUGACAUAAAAAAGAACUUUAUAUGAGAUGUACUUAGUCCUAACCCAUGUCAGUGGGGGUGAGGGGAAGUAAGAUAUCUAUUUAUAUAUUUAGAUGAUAUUAAAGCAGUCAGCUUGAAGCAACAGAUGAAAAAAAAAGCGUAAAACAGUUCGGCCAGUUCUCACAGCAAAGCAGUAAAGUGCAGCAAAUGUGAGAUUAAAGAGUUGGAUAAAAGGCUGAGGCAGAGGUGAGAUUUUGAGAUGAAUUUUGAGUAACUUGUGUUUCUCUGUAGGAGGCGAUGUGCUGGAUCGUGGAGCCUCGGUGUGGUCGGGGGUUUACGGUACAGGCAGCUCUCUGCAGCACGCUGCCCAGCUGCAACUCCUCUCCCAGCAGCAGAUCCUCCGACAGCAGGAGCUGCUGAUGAUCCAGCAGCACACCGCACAGGUCCUCGAGCUGCAGAGGAACGCACAGCUGGUCGUAAGUUCACCUUUUGUCUGAAAUUCAGGUAGAAAUGGUCACAGUGGCAAGAUCGCAGAUAAGUACAGAGUUAAAGUUCAACCUGUAGAUGUUAUAAAUGUCCAUGAAAACACACUUGGUGAAGAGGCUGUAACACAGCACAUCCUGCAGCUGCAGACUAACAGUGACGGAAGUGGAAACAAUCCUCAUGGUGAUAUUUCUGCUCUGAAUCUGUCUCAGUGCACACUCCGUGUUCACAGAGCUGUCUCCCUCUCUCUGUGUUUCAGGAGCGUUUAAAGGCCAGCGAGCACCGGCCCGACUUAGAAGACAAACCUGACAAGCGGAACGCCGACCCAAAACCCCGCCCCUCCUCCAUAUCCUCCCAUUCUCCCUCACCUGUCCUGCAUCCCCGCAAACCUCCCCCUCCUUCCCGCUCUCCAACCCCGUCCACCUCCUCUCUCACGCCGCUGCCUCCUCUCCCUUCGCCGGUGACCACGCUGAAGUCCGAGGAGGGAGGGCAGAGAGCGUUGUCUCACCCACCGACGACGCCCCUGCCUCACCCGCCUUCCCCGCGUUCUGCUUCGCCGCCACCAUCCUCGCCACGGCGGCCUAAACAGGAAGCGGCUGAGGAGGGGGAGGUGACACGGAGGGAGCAGAGAGGAGGACAGAAACCGGCUUCUGUGGCCUUUCAAGGGAUCUACUCAGGUGAGUCCGUGGAGACAGACUGAGUCUACAUGAAUCACCCGUCUGAUGGGACUGAACAGACACUAGUGUCGCUGUUUAAAGACCAACGACUUUCAGCCUGUUACCACAACAACCAUUUCAGUGUUUGACUGACUGCACCAGCUUUAACUCUGCAGGUCUUACCUUUGUAACUGGACAAAUAUAAACUUCAGUGCGGGUGCAGGAUGAAAAAAAUCUGAUUUGCCAAGAUUUAGAAAAAGGGAUUAAAAACGACUCCAAAACAAAAAGCUUCUGUGCUGCAGAAAUAGACACUUUUAUCAAAUCAUUGCCUCCAAAGUAGCCAUUUAUGAAAUGACCAUUUUGCUUCAGCAGAUGUUUCUCCUUUUAUGUUGCGUGUGUGAUUUUUAAACAUAAUUGUUCGCAGGGAGUCACUGAACUCUAAUGUUUCUAUAAGAUAAACACAAAGGGCUUGUGCUUUCAUAAGACAGAUGAGCGCUCAGUGAAGAAACCCAUCCCUUUACACCCUCUACUGUUAAGUUUCAUCCCCUACCACAUGGCUCCUAAUGUCUCCCUCAGCUCCAGAGAGAUGGGACAGCUGGGCAGUAAGAGCCAGAGGGCUUUUCUAGUGGGAACCUCCCUUUAAUGAUGCUUUUGUUCAGUAAGGGCCCACGACACCUCUGAGAGGUUUAACAAUAAGCUCUUGAGUCCCAGAAGUCUAACAGGAGUCCACACUCACUCCAUCAAAUGUGUGUUUUCAGCACUUUUAAACAGUAUCUGAGGAGAGUUCGAUUACAGCAUCAGAUCAUCCAGAACUGACUCUGUUCCUGUGUCUGCUUCACAGAUCUUCCUCCUGGUUACCCGUACCAGCCCCUUACUUUCCCUCCCUAUCACAUCCCAACUGGGGCUAACACUGAAGCUGUCCCACCACAUCGCUCCCGCUCUCCCGCCCCCGCGGCUCCUCCACCUCCUCCCGCCCUCCUUCAUUCACGGCUGCUGGAUCCGGACGUCAAACCACAAAAACUCGACCAAUCAAAGACCGGAUCCUUCCUAAAGCAGGAGCCCAGUGCUGAGCAUCCACGCCAUGACCUGAUGGUAGAACCUUUAGGUCCUCUCCGUCGCAGCUGCAGUCCAGCACUAUCAGAUAGACAAGGGGACGCACCAAAACCCCUUCCCCAGCCGCUACCUCUGCUUGUUCCCAGCCCUGCACCUCAACCGGCUGAAAGACUGGAGAUAACAGAGGAAGAGAAGACUGGAGGUCAUAUCAAAACGGAGGUUUCGUCGUACUCUUGUCAGGCAGCUUUUCCCCCGCCUCCUCUGCUCAUAGAGGAGCCUAAACCUGAGGUCGACAAGGAUCCGCAGCAAUAUCCCUGCAUCGCUGCAGAGCCGGACACCCAGGAGUCAGCUCCUUCACUGGAACAAACCGCCAGUGUUGUGUGUGAACAAGAACAACCAGGCACUUUUAUCAGCUCACACACUCCUGUCCAGAAAGAAACUCUCACAGACGCCGUUGUUUACACCUCAGACUCCCCGCUGCUCGUCGGCCCCGAGGAUCCCAUGGCGGGGAUGCUCGCUCUGCUGACGGCCAGUGAGAUCGCUCAGGCUCGGCCCUGCUCCCCAUCUGCCCCAUCUCUUGUACCCCAGAAUGAUAAACCCGCCCUGGUUGUGGACUGCAGGGAGGCAGGUUCUCUGGAGAUGGUGGCGCUGGAGGGGAUGGCCCUACUCAGCCAAAUGGCCCAGAGAGAGAUGGAGCAGAUCAGCCAGGAGAAAGGUGAGGAGACACGAGAGUGAAAGACUAAUCUGUUACCUGCUGUUAGGCACCAGCUAAUGUUGGCAGCCCUGUCAAUGUGUUGAACGCUUGCUUCCCUCUAAUGUUUCAUCUCCAUCAGAUCUGACUCUGGAGGGUCUGGACUGUCUUCUGGAGGCAAGCCGGCAGAUUUUGUUGGAAGCCAUUGAGAAACAGUCUCACAUCGAUCUGUCUAGAACGCUCGACCCCAACAAGAAGUACAGCUGGCGGCAGAGGAAGGAGGAGCCGGUGAGAUGGAGGAGACGUUCACCAGAUUGAUGAAAGUAUGGACUUUGUGAAGUGUCCUGACGCUUUUUCUCUCUGUCUCUGCAGCUCUACAGUAAAAUGUCUCUGGAUGUGAUGGACGCAGUGGAAGUUGAAUACCGCGUCCGUCUGGCUGAGCUGCAGAAGACGUACAAGGAGAAGCAGAGAGAUCUGAGCAAGCUGCAGAGACGCAGAGACAAGCGGUGGGUUUGAUUCGAAGACAACUACAAAAACAAAACACACUCCGACAUAUUAAUAACGUCUGAUUUUAUCUUCUUUUCUCAGGGAGCGGCAGCAGCAGGAGGACGAGAGGCGGAGUCUGACCAGGCGCGGCAGAGGACGACCCAGGAAGAGGAAACACCUGACCACACCUCCCAAACUGGACAGCAGGCCUGCACAGUGAGUCCGAUUUUCACUUUUCUCUGAAUUUUUCUGUUUGCAUGUUCAGUUUUAUGUUGUUGUUUUUUUUAUUUACAUUGAGUGCAAAUGUCCUCGUGUCUCAGGGUUAGUAGGACAGUGCAAUACUCUGAGGACUCUGAAGCCGGUGAGGGACAGAGAAAAAGGUUCAGGCUGUCUCUAGAAGAGGACAUAGAGACGGGGAGCGGAGGAGUGAAGGUGAAGAAGAAGAAAAAGAAGAAGAAGAGCUGGAACGAGCCGGAGCCGUCCACCAGUCAUGCUUUGGAGGUGGGUUUGUUAGAGGUAGAUGUUUAGAUUUAAGUAGUGUUUGAUCAAACUCUGAUUACUAAGUGUGUUUUUUGUGUUGUCGUCAGGUGUUAAAGGUGAAACGCGGCCACCUGUGCGAGCAGGAGCAGCUGGCGUCGGACCUCGACAGGGCGCUCUCUCUUUCGCAGCUCAGUUCGCUCGGCGCCGCUCGCAAACUCUCGUCCAACUCAAAGUUAGAAAAGUCGAAGGGCAAGUCUGCGGAAAGUCGGAUGAAGGAGCGAAGCAUCCACUCGUCUGCCAAGGCUGGGAAACACAAGAUGGACGCCAAGGCUUCUGCUUCAGAGAGCGUCCGCAAGGUGAAAGGUCAGAAGAAGACUGCUCUGUUCUCGCCAAUGAGAUCAGAGCUCAGCAGCUGCUCCAACAGUGAGUACGGCGGGAGGAGGAGGUCUGAUAUCACUGCUUUAUAAAACUGACAUAGAAAAGUAAAAGAAAUAACAGCAACGCCUCAAAAACAACCAAUAAGGAACCUUGACUGAUCCACAUGAUCAAAGCGAAGCGGAAAUUAACACAGAUUUUCACCUCUCUAUUAUCACAGCCACAAAAUCAAUUGGUAACAGUAUUACCGUGAUAAUUAAGCAACACACAACUUCAUGAACUUUACUACUAAACAACAUUACCUUACAUGUCACAUCUGUUUCUAAUAAUAGUCAAAUUUGAGAUUUAUUAUUGUCUCUUUUGUGACUUUUUUAGUCGUCCCCUGAGCUUAAAAUUCAAGUAUCAUCCGGAAAAAGAUGCUUCUGAUCCAUCUUACAUGUUCAAGAAUCAUCAUGAAGACACUGUAAACUGUUCUGCGAGCAGAAAUACCUACCACUACAUCAGUCACAGUCAUUCACCACUACAAAUAGUCUCCCAAAAUUCCCCCUUUUCCUUCUUACAAGGAACAAAUACCUGAAAAGGAAAGCACCCAUAACACUUUGACGUGUUUUUAAAGAUAACGUGUGUCCAGUUCAGUCUGUUUUAAAGUGGCCUUAUUACUUCAUUGUAUGGGGAAUAUUUCUGUAAUCAGAGACAAAACAAUGAGGAAUAAAUCAUUAACUAAACUCUCUCUGCACCAGACUCAGAUUCAGAGGAGCACAGCUCAGCUCGAGGGGGCUGGCCCUCUCUCUCAGGGACGUCCUCCCAUGACAGCCUGAACAAGAAGAGGCGCUCCGUGUCUUCGCCGACGUCCCUGCUGUCCAGUCAGAAGCCUCAGAAGAAGAAACACAAGCACUUAUCUCUGCUGCUGGAGGAGGCGGGCCUCAGCUCCUCUGACGACUCCUUCGACCAAGGUUACUGACCAAACCUCACCGCCCUCCCCUCCCCGCCCUGCCCCUCGCUGUACAGUCAGACAGCAUUGUGUUUCUGAGCCUUGUCACAGCGUCUGUCUGUUUUUUUGUUUUUUUUUUCAUUUCGCUCCCAGACUUUGCUGUAGCUCCACCAUGCCUACCUCUCUCGCUUCUCUGCACAGCUGCCUUUUUUAAUAAGAGUUGACCUAUUUCUACGCUGGUUUUUAUUGCCUGGAUUGCAUAUUUGUAGCAUUUGUAUAUUGAAAAUUUGUGUGAUUUGUGAGAUUUUUUCAUAAAAGUUGUAUUGCAGUUUUGGUACCAAUAAGAUUUAUUAAAGGUGUUGAUUUGAUUGGCACAGAAAGCGAAGCGCUGUGGUCCUUGUGUCUGCUUCAUCUGUCUGUCUCUGUUAGUCUGCACCUCACACGUCCUUUAGACGCUCUGUUCCUCAAAUAUCCCUCCAGAGAAAUAAAGUUUAUAUUGGAUGAACUGAAACAGAUCAAGUUCAGAGCAAACAGAGCUGAAUGUGAUGAGACUGAUUUUCCUUCUGAUCAGAUUAAAAUGGUCUUAAACAGAAUCAUAAGGGUUGGCUUUUUUCUAUUUUUCUAAAUAUAAAUGCUUUAUGAAAUUCAGAUCUGAUUAAGUGGUUUUGAUGAUGUGGUCCAGCUUUUUGGUGUUGCCGAAAUAAAAACUCACAGCUCAAUUUUAAGCUCUUGAAUAUCAAAUGUUGGGGAUAUUUGGACAAUAGAGCUCCUCCUGUGUCAACUAAACCUUCAGAAUAACCUUCUCCCUUUACCCUGCUCUCUCAGACACCUUGCUCUGCCUUCUCACCUUUGACCCCCACCCCCUGUCUUCUACCCAUGAUGCUUUGAGUGUCUCUCAGCCUGUUCCAUGUGCUUGUGCUGCUGCUGCAACAUUACAGAAGCUUGGCUAGCGCUUCCUCGCUAGAGCUAGUCUCUCCGCUUAAGCUUGACUGCGCUAAGGCCAAGCUGUGCUACGGCUAGGCCGCUGCGCUGCCCUGCCCCGCCCUGCCCUGCCUGAGGCCACACCCCUGUCACAUGCUCUGUAAGUAGGAAGUGCCCCUCCCUCUAUUCUCCAUCAAACGCUAACUUGGCUAUGCUGAAAUUGAACAGAAGAAACAGAAUUUAACUGAAGUUUGGUUUUAGCUUGUCAAUGUUCUUACAAAUUAAAGAUAUUUCAUAAGAGCCAUGGUUUGUCUGCUAUCCUGUGUUUAAUUACUAAAAUUUAAAGAAGCUUGCUACAGGACAGAGGACAAAACCAUGGCUGAACAAACCUCAUUUGAAAAUAAAGGGGCCUCACAGGGCUGUCCUCUCAGUGCCUGCUAACUGUCAUCUGCUUGCUAAUGUUCGCACCGAGUGGAUUCACAGUACAACAUGGAGCCACACAUUUACUCUGUUGUUUCACUAAAAUUUAAAUUUGUUAAAAGUGAGAAAGCAAAAUUCAGACUUUCAACCGGUAAGGCUAGCUAGCUGUAGCUAGUCUUCCCUCAGAAAUUUCGUGAAACUUCAAAAGUGAUUCAACAGUAUAUCAGCUUGUUGGUUUAAAAAAAAAACUUGUACUGUGUAUCCACUCCAAUGUUAACUCUCUUACUUCUAUAAAGACGCUUCCUCUGCUUAUCUGCUGCCAUGUACAUAACCGCUAACUGCUAGCAACAUGGUUAACCAGCAGUAUGCUAACAUGUAUUUUUGAGAAAGAAAGAUCAGAACCUAUUGUUUUUAUUAUAAAUAGUAUCCAAGACUUUGUAUUACUGUGUGUGUGUGUGUGUGUGUUAGAGAGAGACUGAGAAUUACUAGGUCUGUGUGUGUGUGUGACACACGUGCAUGCGUGUUAGCCUAAGUUUUACCGCUGUAUUUGCUAACACAGCGCUACGGAGUUAAGGGAAGCUGCAGUAGUUUAGACAGGACAUUAAUUCUCUCCACUGUUUUAUUUUUUGGGAUCAGCCUCCCCUCAGAGAAAGAUAAAUGGAAUAGUAUGUGUGUGAUUGUGUUUGUCUUUAUAUACUUGUGUGGACCAGAUGUGGAUAGAAAAACUUUAUUUUGGGGACAUUUUUGCUUAAGAUAUUUUGCAAGGUCCUCGCAACUAAAUUGGCUAGAUGAGCUCUUUUGGCCCUGAUGAAUACAUUUUAAAGUGAUAUCUAAACUGUCUACUCCCUUCUGGUGGUAGGUUCAUAUAUUCAGUAAAAUUGAUCCUCCACACAGAGAACUUAAAAGUAUGUAGUCUAUGUAUGUGUGUGUGCGCUGUAUGUCUGCACACAGGGCUUUUCUGCAGUUUAAGUCGUAUCCUGAUUGUUUUUCUUUAGUUCAGGUUCAGUCCUUGUGUUUGAAUUGUUUUUGACCUUUCACCUUUGACCCAGCCCUGUGCUUCAGUCACAUGUAUCUCUGAGCUGAUAAUCUCUCCUCUGAAUUAGAAACCUCAGACGAAGAUGAUGAGGAUGACGAUGAGUCAGAUUCUUACAAUGAUGGCGUCUGCGAGGAGAGCGGGCUGGGUCUGCUGGCCAGGUUUGCCGCGAGUGUGCUCCCUGUCAGCUCCACGCCGUUGAGCCUUCUCCAUGACAGCAAACACCGCAGCCUGCAAAGCACUCUGGGUAGUACAACACAACAGAUAAAAAUGUGUGACUGAGCACUAAUUGGUUUCUUAUUGAUUCACACUUUAAAAUACAGUAAGAAGAAUAAACCAAAAAUCAUUUAAAGGGGAUAUUGAUCUAGAGGAGGUCAGGGAUAUAUCGAGGUGCUAUAAUCCAUUUAAGGAUUUGCAAACAAACCAAACAGCAUUCUUAAAAUGGAUCCUAAAUGAACGGGGAACCAGUGGAGGAAUGUAAGGUUGGGGGUGAUGCUGUCUCACCAAUAAGUGCCAGAGAAAAACCAAGCAGCAGCAUUUUAAACAAAUAAAUGACUGAUACCAGUUGUUCAAUUAUGAGAGAGCUGGUUGACUGGUGGCCAAUGUAUACAACAAUUCAGCAAAAUUAACAAAUGAGAAAAAUUGCUGUACUUGAAUCAACAUUUCCUCUAAUAAAUGUGAGAAAAAUAUUUGGCUCAAUAAAAAUUUCCCCACAAGAGACUUUUUGGAUCUCUGUGCAGCCAUCUGUAAUGAUUAAAACAGGAAAAUAUUUGAGUUUAAAGAAAAAAUGAACAAAAGAAAGUCAAAUACAGAAAAUAAACGCAUAUAUCUUGAAUUUGUUUUUCUGUGUUGUUUAAGCGCCUAAUUUCUAAAGCUUUAGCGCUGUAUCCUUGUAGACUAAAGCUUCCUCUUUCUGUUUAACUUCUUUCUCUAUUUUAGACUUGCUGUAGGUGAGACGCAGAGAUCUGUUUAAUGCCAACAUAAAGUGCAUUAAAGUGGUCUCUAAAGUAUGGAAGUAAAAGCCUCUCAGAGUCAUUAAGACAAACAGAUUAAACUUGGAUAAAAGUCCCAGAUGGUGAAAACAAGAUUAAUACAUUUUAAACUGAUGGUCCAUUUUUAUGCAAAGAUUAGUUACUGUGAGUAAUACAUCCAUUUUUAGUGAUAUAAAGACUGGAAUGCUCUCCAAAAGAUGAGUGUCUUUAUAAACUUAAAAACAGACUGUCUUCUGUCUUAUUAAAUUUAGCUGAUGUUUUCUCUCUCACUAACUCCUGCUUCACAGAUUCCCUCGGCAGUCUUUAAGACAUAAAUUUUAAUUUCUCAUGGCCGGGCAGGUUCACCGCCCAAGCGUUUACUCAGGAUUGCGUUACUGAUCACGCCUAAACAUCAGUUCAUUUCCAAUUUACUCUAAAGAUGUGUGCAAUGAUUCAAUCUGAAUUAUGUAUUGGUUAGAAAUUUGAUCAAUAAUCCUGUCAACAUGUUAUUGAUCUUACAGAAUCUAACACCUGAAUUCAUUACACGCUGCUGGGUGAAACGAGCAGCCUCUGUACCGUGUGUGUGUUUACAUCAUGUGACCCUUUUCCUCGUUCCUCAGGGUCUUCGGAGUGUGAGUGGUCUGACUCUGGCUCUGACCUGCGUCUGAGGAAGUUCCCCUCAUUGCUCCAUGGCAAACGCUCCGCCCCCGAGCUUCCGCUGCUUCCCCCUGCCACCCGCCGCCUUGACCAGCCCAGCCCCACCAAGAGGGACGAAUCCGUGCCGAUCAAACGCAAAACUCUACCUAAGCCUCGCCCCUCGCCUAAGUCUCCACGGCGGUUCAGCUUUGAUUUGAACUCGAGCUGCGGGCUCUGGGGGUUCAGCGAGGAUGAAGGCUGGAACAGACGGCGGAGCGAGAGGAUUUUCCUCCACGACGCCACCACUUCAUCCGGUCAGACGUCUAUGCCAACCUCUACAUCCACCAGCCAGAGCUCCUCCUCAUCGUCAUCUGCCACCUCAAGCUCGGCCACGCCCCUUACUCAGAAGCCCGCCCCCAGACCUAAACCAGCCACGCCUAGCAGAGACGGGAAAGAUGUGGUCAAAGUACGUCCAAAACUCAUCAAGUUUUUACAGAUGAGCAAAAACAAAGACCCCGCUGUUCUUCUUCGUUUUCUCCUCCUCCUCUCUUAUCUUUACACCCCUUUAACUCCUCUGUGUGUGUGCAUGUGUGUGAAAGACGGAUGUGUGUGCAGCAGCAGGGUUUCCCUCUACCUCUCAGUUAUUCAGUAACUGCAGCACUCCCCCACCGUCUGUGUCAUGUUGCUGACAAGAAAGGACAACUGCAGGCAGCAUCCCACCCUUAGCGAAUCUGUAUGUGAGAGAGAGAGACAUAAAUCUGUCCUGUGCAUCCUCAGCGCAGUCAUUCAUAAGUGUGUUUUACCUCUCUCUCUGUGUGAAGCAGAAGAAGAAGCCAAAGGACUGUCCUCUCCCUGUGAGUCCGUCCUCUCUGUGCAGUCCAAUCACUGACGUCCCCGCACCGCUGAGCCUUGGCAGCCCGGCACGCAAGAGCCAACCUAAAGCCAAGGCCAAGGCCAGAGAGGUCAGUGAGAUGAUAGAUCGGCGGUGAUGCCGUUAUGGAUGUGGACGUAAUUAUACCAGCAAGGACAAAAGCAGAGUGUUUUGGUUGUUCAACCCAAAUGUGAUCACACACAAACACACACAUGCUGCCCGGACUCUGCGUCGCUCUAACACGUUCACACACAACAAGUCUUAAAAUCUGGUCAAUCUGUUUUCUUCUGCUGUUGGUAGAAACUAAAGUAAACCUUGUUGUUUUUGUGCUUAAGUGUUGCAUUGCUGUCCAUCUGCCAACAGCUGAAACGAGAGUUUGUUUUGGAAACACUUCAAACAUAAAACUGUGUGCACCGAGGUUACAAUAUUUGGAAACUUUCAUGAGCUGUUAUCGUUUUGUUGUUUUGGCUUUUUGUUUUCAAUUUCAGUUUCGUUUCGAUUCGUUUUUAAAGUUUAGUUUUUGUAGCACGGGAUUGUUGUCAAGGGCAAGAUCCCCAAAACUUAAACACUGUGGAAAAGAUGUCAAAAUAUCCUGCCUUAUAGUGUGUGUUUGUGUUGUUAUGUGUGUGUCUGCAGCCGUCCAGAGGAGCUGUUAGCCGGUUGAUGGAGAGCAUGGCGGCAGACGAAGAUUUCGAGCCGAACCAGGACAGUAGCUUCAGCGAGGACGAGCUUCUCCCACCGCGCAGCAACAGUGUAUCAGAGCGGUCCUCCACACCUGGUAAAAACACUCACCUAUCAUUUGAUACCUCCUCUACUCACUCAGCGAUGGCAGGGUUAUUUAUUACAAGUGUUUUUUAAUGUUUCCAGCUCCAGUUCAGUGUGUGCUGGAUAAGGAUUCUCUAGUAGACGGACUCAGGGUUUUGAUCCCGAUGGACGACCAGCUGCUGUACGCCGGACAUGUGAACACUGUACACUCCCCUGACAUGUGAGUACACUGGAGAAAAUACCCCAAAAAAAAGACCUGGCAAGGGAGCUACCAAAAUAGUCCUAAUUAUUAAACAAAAAGUCCUUUAAACAUGCCCUCGCUAACGCACUUAGAUAAAUCUGGUGCUCUUUUCUGGUUUAAUGAAGGAGAGAAUAAAUAAAAAAGGGAGUAAUGCAGAGAUCAAAAAAUACUUCAGAGGGGAUGGAGAUAUUAGCCGAGCUCUGCCUUGACUGUAUUUGGAUCAUGAAGUGGCUUUAAGAAAAAGACAACUUAUCAAACUUUUGACCUCUCCUCUCACAUGUCCUCUGAGCAGAUACAGCGUGGUCGUGGAGGGGGAGCGAGGGAACCGACCGCAUAUCUACUGCUUGGAGCAACUGCUGCAGGAGGCGGUGAGUCCGUUUACCACAGACGUCAGAUGUGAGAGUAUAAGCUAACAACCAAAACAUCCAGACUCUGUCCUGCGAAAACAUGUUUGCCUGUGCAUGGAGAUAGAGGCUGCAUUGUUGUGUUGACAAAUAAAAGUCCUUUGUUUUGUGUGCAGAUCAUCGAUGUGAAGCCUCCGUCCGUGCGCUACCUCCCAGAGGGCACCCGCAUCGCUGCCUACUGGAGCCAGCAGUACCGUUGCCUCUACCCCGGCACUGUUGUCAAUGGUACAACAACAGCACACAGACACACACCCACCUCUAAAACCGUGUGAUUCAUAAUCCCCUCUAAUACACUUUUAAUUAACAAACAAAUGUGAGAAGCGUUAACAGAACUGCUGCUGCUGAAGCAUGCAAGGCAGCAGGAUGGUUCUUACUGGACCUUUCUCAGUUUUUACAGGUUUUACAGCCAUCAAAUGUGAGAAUCAGGUCUGUGCACUGACAGGACUUUAGGUGUGAGGUGGUAUCACACAGACCUUCAUCCAGAAUCAGUAAGACUAGUUUAGUAGGGAGAUUUCAUGUUAAAACAAACGCUUAUUCAAUACUGUUUUAUAGGUGUCAGGGGGGCUGCUAGCUGAGCUGCUGUUAGCUAGAAAGUAAUGAACUUGAUAUCAGGUUUAAAUCUCAGCCUGAUUAAGACCUGUGAAGGAAUCCAAAUAAAGCACUUUAAUGUCCCUUUAAUGCUCUUUUGUGGGUGUCAGGAGGGGCUACAAGCUGAGCUGCUGUUAGCUAGUUAGCUAGUUGCCAACUUGAGUUGAAGUGGUGAUCUCUGGCUGUUUUAAACCAGUAAAAACAAUGUAAAUAGAGCACUUUUUAUGUUAUAAACAAUCUUUUGUUAUGCUCUUCUUAUAGAUAAUAGAAGGGGCUGCUAGCUGAGCUGCUGCUAGCUAGUUGCCAAGUUCCCAUCUUGAUUUUAGGCCCCAACAAAGAGCUUGAAUUUUAACACAUUUUAACCUAAAGUAAGGGUUUCUCCAAAGCCUUUUUGCUUGGUUUAGAAGUCUCUGAGCUGAGCUGCUGCUUCGUGUUGAUAAACAUUUCUUUAUCCUGUGAAAUAGUGUAGCCAACCGAAGGAGAUGUUUCUAAAACACCAAGAAACAGUGUUUCAGGAACAUCUACAUUUACUGUCCAGCUCUGGUAAAACUGAACAUUCUUUGGUCAGGGGAACAUGAGAGUCCUGUGGGUUAGUAAGGGAAUGAUGUGAUGUGAGUCUGACUCUGCUGGAUCCUGCUAAACUUUGAGUCUGUGAAAGUCUUGAAAGUGAUUCUGCUUGAGUGACAGUAAAUAAAACAUAUCCAUGACAACCACAAGUCUUUUUAUGUCAAAAAGGAACUUAAUUUGUUUAUCCGCUUUUUUUUUAUUUUCUUGAAACAGGAAGUUCAGAUAUCGAUGAGAAAGACGACCUCAUCACGGUGGAGUUUGAUGAUGGUGACACAGGACGCAUCCCCCUCUCACACAUCAGACUGCUGCCGCCGGACUACAAGAUCCACUGUGAGCGCACGCACGCACAAACACACAUUCACACACGUUUAAGUAAAAGCAGCAUCAGUCACACUCACACCCCACAGGCUGUUCUCUUUUCCUCUCAGUUCAAGCUAUCCUGUCACACUCAUUUGCAGAAAUACAUGUAGAUGUGUCAUCUUCAUAGAUGGUGUAAAACUGUGUGUGAGGGAGGCUCCCGCUUGUUCACACUUGUGUAAAUGUCAUGUCUUUGAGUUUAUGAUUUCUUCAGCAUGUCUUCACAAAAGAGCAAUUCACAGUGCUUCACAAAGGACAUGAAACCAAGUUGACAAACCAAGCAGAAUAUAUUUGAAUAAAACGGUUAAACCUCCUGUGAGGAAUUUUCGCUUUAUGUCUUGUCAUGAAAGAUCUCACCCUGAUGACUUUUGACAGUCAUAUCAAUCAUUUAGUGAGAGUAUUAUUGUGGAAACUGUAAAACAGGGCUCUUGAGUUGCUGAUACACUUUUAAGAAUAACAAUUAAAAACUGUGAAUGUUGCUGGUGGUCUUGUUUGCUUUUGUUUAUCAUGAAAAAACAUCAGUAUCAAUUUCAGAAAUUAUAGAAACUUCUCAUGGGAGCUUCAAAAUGAUCAAAAUAAGCCAUUGAAAAUUCAAGUUAAGGGAAAAACAGAAAAGUUCAAUAAAAUAAGAUAAUGUUAAAAUACAAGCAUAAUAGUCACAUUAUAAGUCAGUGUGGAGAUGACCAAGCAUGUGUAGUUUAUGUUUUCAUGGCUGGUUUCAUCUGUCCUUAGUGAACUCAGUGAUGAAAGAGGAACCAACAACACUGUUUACGAACACAGAAGUAUUUAUUGAUUUCUGUGCUCAGAGCAGUGUGUUAUAUUUCAUUUCUUCAUCUGUGGGAGCUUUGUUUAAUUUCUGCCUUCAGAAGCUUUUAUAAAGAUUUUUCUUUUUCAAUCAAUGUGCCUCGAACUGCCGAGUUUUCUAUGAACAGAGCAGAGAGCAAACAUUCAAUCAGGUAUAACAGAGGGGGAAACAGUCCAUCAUCUUGGCUGAUCUGAGAGGUUUACGGUAACAGAUGAGGACACGGCUUUAUUUUUGUUUACAAACUUGAACAUCUGAGGUUUCCUAAAAUCCAAAUGAAAACAUGUGAGUCUGUGAGGCUGAAUUCUUCAGGUAAACUUUAAAUCUUGGUGUCUCUUUGCCCGUGUGCAGGCGCUGAGCCGUCUCCUGCUCUGCUGGUGGCCAGCUGCUCCCGGAGGAGAGUCCGAAAAUGCAGCAAAGAGGGCAAAGAGGCGGGGAAAAAGCCGGAGGAGAGCGCUCCUAAGAUUAAAGGGAAACCUGGACGCAAACCCAAACCCAAACCAGGUGAGCCACUCUGAGACAAACCUGUCAGUCAGUGUUUUAUCGCUGAAACAACGAGCUGCCCGUCCAUCUACAUAAUGUCUUUGUGAAACAGCUGCAAGAAUUAACGAGUUUAAAUGAAACAACCAACUACUGUUAAGGCAGCUGUUUGAUCACUAAAAGCUUAUUUUACAAAAAGAGCAGGUGUGGACCGAACUCUGUGUUACAUCUCCAGAUCCAUCAGAGACAGGACAUAGUGUUACAUGUUUACAAAACAGAUUUUGAUCCUUUACCAACACUAAACAUGUCAACAUGGAAACUGAAGAUUUGACUGUUUUAUGAUCAGUAAAUACUCAUAUUUCAGAAAAAAAACUAUCUUUACUAUCAGACUGAAACCUGGAGCAGGAGGAGACUCAUGUUGAAGGGUUAUCUUCUCAAACUGGACUUAAUGUAAUUCUGAUUGUUAGUAAUAAUAGAAAGUAGUGGCAUGUAGUUGUUUCUGGAGCUUUUUUCUCACAUAAAGCUGAGAGUGAAACAUAAAAAAAUAUCUAUACUUUUGUCAUGAUUCAUGUUUUGAUGACCCUUUUGUCUUUUUUAAAACAAGAGAACUAAAAUAGCUCCUGGUGUGGACGGCUCUGUCAUCAGAUCUCUCAUAUAGGAGCACGGCUGCCACGUUUCAUCAAACAGUUUUGCUGUUGUAACUCAGAGUUGAUUACUGUAGCUGUGAUUUAUGGCCCAGUAAAGACGCUGGCUUUGUUUCGAUGCAGUCAGCUCUUUUCCCUUCAGAAGUUUCGCCUCGCUGAUUCGUCCACAAACCACAAAAAUCAAGCAGCCGCUCAGUGAAAACAUCAGCACAUCCAGAGGACACACAUCCUGGUUUUGAGUAUCAGGUUUUUGACUUCUUUUUCUGUGGGUGUUUUCUUUUAUUUUCAGAGACCUCCAUGAAUCAAGACGGCCGUGAGAAAUCCGAGCCCUCAUCCUGCUCCAGCCAGCUUACCGACAGACCUCCAGCUCCAUCCAAACCCUCCUCCGUCCAGAAAGCAGCUCAUGAGAAGCCUCGUCCCGCCUCCCGCCCGACGAUGCAGCAGGCGAAACCGAGCCGGACCAGCUCCACCACCUCACCAACAAGUACACCGAGUCUUCCUGGCCUCAUGCCCAGGAAAUCCAGCUCGUCCCAGUCUCCUGCCCCUAAAGCCGCCCGCUCUCUCCCUCCGUCCCUCUACCCCAACACCUACGGGAAAGUCCUGACCGUGGAUCUGUACAGCGAGCCCAACCUGAGCACUUACAACAACCAGCGCAGAGAGAGUUCCAGCAGUGUCAGCCCCACCACCAACAAGUCCAUGUCCAGACCCAGUCUAGUGACAUCAUCCUCGUCUGCACCCAAACCUGGAUCUUUAUCCAGACCUUCCUCUGCAUCCAAAACUAAACCCUCUUCAGACCACCACAGCAGCUCCAGACCCAGCCUCAGCUCUGGACUCAGCCCCAUGUCCCGGCUCUCCACAGGUAAACCUGGCUCUUCCUUGACCCCCAGACCUUCAUCGUCGUCUUUAUCAUCAUCGUCUUUAUCAUCAUCAUCAUCAUCAUCAUCCGCCCCAAGACCCAAAAUGAAGGCUCCGUCAGAACAGCUGUCCUCCGUCUCCAGACCUAAACCCAGCUCAGGUCAGAGCGACGUGAGCUCUAUAGUGAGGCGCAAAUCUGCAGAGCCCCUUGUCAAGCUCGACCAUGAAGGUGUAACCUCCCCAAAAACCAAGAAAACCAAGGCUCUGAUGCUGCUGGAGGGGCGGGGGGUCAGGCGAGACCACACCCCCCUCAGCACAGCCAAUCAGAAGCUGCUGAAGACUAAACCCAGAGCUCCAGAGAGAGAGGCUGUUCCGCCAGAGAAGGACCCAGCCUACAAAACGCCGAUUCUGGCGAAGGAGAAGGCUGAGACCCGUGGCGUUGCAGGAAGAGGACAGGAAGUCGAGGCGAGAGAGGAGAAAGGGAAGAAAGAGGAGAGGAAACAACCGGAGAGGAAGAUGAAGGAGGAGUCUCAGAGCAGCAGCAGCUCAGAGUCUGAGGAGGAGGGAGAGAAAGGGAAGAUGAAGAAAAAGAAGAAGUGCACAUCAAGCUGCUCCUCCUCCUCUUCCUCUUGCUCUGGGUCCUCCUCCUCUUCUUCAUCGUCCUCAUCUUCAUCGUCAUCCUCCACUGAUGACUCCUCCUGCAGCUCAGAUGAAGAGAGGACUCCUACGCCUCCACCUCCUCCAGCCUCCCCGCCUCCAGUGCAGGAGAAACCUAAAGAGGAAUCAAAAGAGGAGGAGGAGGAAGAGGAAGAGGAGGAAGAGGAAAAAGAGGCAGAGGUAAAGAAGGAGGUGGAGUUGAAAGUAGAAGAAGAAGAAGAACUCUCUCCUCCCUCAAGAUCUCCCUCUCCAUCCUCCUCUCCGACUCCUGCUGCUCCUGCUCCACCUAAACCUGCCAAACUGGCCACAGGGAAGGGCUCCGGACAGAGGGGGCGUCCUCCCAAACCCAAGCCCAGCGGAGGAGAGGGGAAGGUGGGGAGACCAAAGCGCAGGGAGGGGGUCCACCUCCCCACCACCAAGGAGCUGGCCAAACGUCAGAGGCUCCCCAGCGUGGAAAACCGACCCAAAAUCUCUGCUUUCCUUCCAGCAAGACAGCUCUGGAAGUGGUUUGGGAAACCGACACAGGUGAGAGAAACGAAGAUCUUUCUCCUGGUUUCUCCAAAUGUCAUAAUUUUGUUUUUUUGAAGUAAGCCUCAGUGUUGACUCUGUGCUGAUCCUCCUCUGCUCCUUCAGAGACGAGGUAUGAAAGGAAAAGCUAAGAAGCUCUUCUACAAAGCCAUCGUCCGGGGCAGAGAGAUGAUCCGGAUCGGUGACUGCGCCGUGUUCCUCUCCGCCGGCCGGCCCAACCUGCCCUUCAUUGGUCGCAUCCAGAGCAUGUGGGAGUCGUGGGGCAGCAACAUGGUGGUCAGGGUCAACUGGUUCUAUCAUCCAGAGGAGACGAACCCCGGCAAGAAACUAACCGACAAGAAGGUAGGAGCUCUGGAGCGGGGUCUGGGAACACGCUUUAGCUGACGGUCUAUUUCAUAAGAUAUGUGCGACUCCCACAUUCAGGUCCAGCCGUACGAUUAAUCAUUUAAAGCUCCAUAAUGGCUGUAUGGAGUAAUGGAUGCAUGAUUUAUGUAUUUGCAUCAAAUUAAAGAAACACAAAUCGAUUUUCUUUGUAUGAUUGGUCGAGGGUUUUUAGUGAAACUUUCUUCUUCUUCUUCUUCUUCAGAACUGGGAUCAGAUGUGUGGUCAGUCUCUCCCAGCAGCUCUGCACUCUGCCAUCCAGAGGAAAGACUUCAUGGAAGUAAGGAAAGAGAAAUUUUGUCUAUAUUCAUCAAAGUUUUUCAGCUUGAAACCUGCUGAUGAUCACAACGAACUACGACUCAAGGACAAACAUAUUUUAGUUUCUCAUCAGCAUCAAGUUUGGUUUGUUUUCAACUCCAGCUAAGAGAAUCCUGUUUGUAUCAGUACUUAAUGCUGCGUUCCAGUUACGUCGGUAGUCAGAAGUUGGAGCUGGGAAAGACGUUACACCCGAGUUGGCGUUAUAACUCGGGUGUAAUGUCAUUCCCAGCUCGUUCCAUUGGCGUUCCAUUUAACAAGUCGGUAAACCAAGAUGGACGCCUUCAGUUACCCGUUGUUAGCUGUUGUUAACAAUUGUCAGCUGUCGUUAGCCGCUGCCAGUUGUUGUUAGCCGUUGUCAGUGGUUGUUAGUUGUUGUUAGCUAUACCAGUUGUAAACAACAUUUUACUCUCACAAACACAAUAGAACCGUGUUCACAGUUCGACGUUGGACAGUACAACAUAUACCACUUAUUUAAUUUCACAAAAACAAAGCAGAAGUGCUAAUAAAUAAUACAUUACAAGAGCUUUCACUGUUACUCUUUACUCUUGAUGCACUGCCCUUCCAUUUUGAAUUAUGACGUUGACAACAAGUCAGGGUUGGCGAGGAUCGUCCGACUUUCCGAGUUUAAAAUCUGACUUCAGGGGGGCGUUCCACAUGAAUUUCCGAUUCGGAGCUCGAAAAUUCUGACUUCCGAGUAAAUCUGGAACGCAGUUUAGUCCAAGUCCAGAAUUUUAUAGAUGCUUUCUCUCACAUUCAAGUUGUGUUGAAGUAAAUACUUGAAUUUAUAAUAAUGGACACUUCCCCUCUUGCCAUGUCAUCAAAGUAUAGUCAAACUCUCAGUUGCUUCCUGCGGUCCACCAUGUUUCUCUGAACUUAUCUAUGUACUGCACCACACGUGACAUAGUCUGCUGUCCAUGCAGAUAAAUAUAAGCUAAUGUAAACUACAAAAUUAGCACUGAGGGAGAAUCCUCGAAGAAUAAAAAAUUCCAAUCCAAUCCAUUUUAUUUAUAUAGCCAAUUGAAGCAAACGCAAAGUUUCCAAAGUGCUGCACAGCAAGAUAAAAAAAUACAGUAAAUAACACAACGGAAGCACAGUAGAUAAGGUAAAAAUAAAAUGAGAUAAAACACUGUAAAAUCAAAUAAAAAAACAAAUACAAUAAAUAAAAUAAAAUGAAUAAAGUCAACCUCCUACUGGGUGUAGGAGAAGAGUUUGGUCUUAAGACGGGAAUUCUCAAAGUUUUGUAUUUACUUUCACCCUUCAAUUUUUUUAUACAGCGUUUUGUCUGUAGUUAAGAGAUCACUCCUCUAAUUCUGGUUAACUAAGUCAAGUCAGGUUUUUGGAUCAACAGAGAAUGUGCUUCAUUGUUGUUCGGAUAGUAAGCAGGUGUUCAGUGUGGUAAUGGAUUCACAGAUUCAGAGGAAACUCUUCUGUCUGUCUGUCACAGCGGGCCCUGUACCAGUCGUCCCACAGUGACGAGAACGACGUGCAGACGGUCAGCCACAAGUGCCUGGUGGUCAGCGUGGAGGAGUACGAGCAGAUGACACACACACGCCGCUACGCCGACAGCGAGGACCUUUAUUACCUGGCUGGCACUUACGAACCCACCACAGGCAUGAUCUUCAACACUGACGGGGUCCCGGUCAUCUGCUGAUUAAAACACAGGACCCAGUUACCAAACCUUGACCUGAAAUCGGACUGGGAUCUACUUUCAUGAGGGAUAUUUCACAGCUUAAAAAAAACUAACCCGCUCCUGACACCAUGCCACACUUCAGACUGUAAGAGACAAGAGAGUCUACAGACAGUAUUACAACACGACUCCUGAAACCUUUGCACACACACACAAACUCCACAAACACACUCUGUGGUCGUUGUGUUCAUGGAGGAAAAAACUUGAGAGCGCACAGGAGCUCUUCAGUUUCCUCGAAUCUGUUAAUAAACCCUUCGUUAACUCACUGACACACCUGCACAGACACAUGUAAAUACACACCUCCAUGUACCGCACGCACACAGACACACACACACACACAGUUAUCUAGAGGAAACUUGAGUGUUUUAUUUUCAUGUCAUAGAUUUAUGUCAGAGUACUUUUUUCUAAAACAGCCGAGAAGCUUUAAUGAACUGUGAAAGAAGAAACAGGAGAGAGAUGGAGAGAGACAGACGCACGUUUCCGUCCGUUUCCGGAUGAUAGACAGACAGACAUGCACGCCAGUCAUGUGACGUUGUGAUUAUGAUGUUGCUAUGGUGAUGUUAGUCAUGUGACAGUCUUAUAAAUGUAUCUACAGAACAGCAGGAGCGACAGACAACAGGAGGAAAGAGAGAAAAAUAAAAGAGACGCACAGAAAGAAAACGAGGUGGAGACUCCCUCCAACAGAAAGCACUUAACUUAAAAAGAGAAAAAACACUUAAAUUUAACCCUUCAGACUCCCUCGACAAUCCUUUGAACUUGUGCAGGAAAAAGUGUCCGCUACUCGAACUUCUAACCCCCUCAGAGACUCAGGCUUAAAGAGAGAGGAAGGAAUCUUGUACUACUUAAAGCACUUCCUAUUUCCAUCCCUGAGUUUUGUCUUAAAGGCAAAUCCAUCCUUAAAAAAAAACACUAUAACACUGUAAAAACAAAAAGCUGCUGCAGUAAAUAAGGAGAAAUAAACCUUUGAAAAGCAGUGGCACAGGGUUUUGUUUGUAAAAGUGUUGGGAAGCAUCCUGGGAAAUGUAGGACACGAUUUUUAAAAGGGGGAAAAAGAGACGAGAAAACUUUUUCAGGUGGCAGAAGCUCUGCAGGGUGGAUUUCUCCUUUAAUUUUUUAAAGGUUUUAAACAGUGCAGUCUGUCCAAGGUUAUGGCACUGAUCCUCAGUAUGGUGUGCCAGCACUGAUCAGAUCAUCUCACUUUUUAACACUCAUUUGGCUUUCAUGAAGCACUGCAGUGUUUUCAACCUUUAAACGUCCUGUGUUCGAUGUUUUUUCUUUUGCUUCAGCUCUUAUUUCAAACAUCAUGUCCAGGUUUUGCCCCCGUUAACAAUCAGCUUUGACAUGAGUGCACUUUGAACCGCAGAGGAGAGACUGCGGUUGGGGAUUUUGAACGUCUUCCUCGAGUAUUCAUGAGCCCUCCUCCCCCGUCCCCUCUGCAUGGCGCCCAUUUGUUUUUCAAUCUAACGCAGAUAGACAAACACACCUUCCUGUUUACACUUCAUUUUCUCCUCUCUUAGCUGCUUAUAGAUUUUUUCUAUGUGCCUCGUUUGAUCCGUUACUAAAGGGUGAAACUUUUGAAUGUCCUGCUCAGGGUUUGUGAGCAUUUGGGCGGCCUUACUCUCUCCAAGGCCUUAUGAUGAUGAUAAUGAUGAUUAAGAUUUGCCAAAUCUGGCUUAUGCCCCGCCCCCUCCCUCUAAAACACCAUAUAUAAUCAGAUCCAUAUUUUCUCCAGCCUGCUGACAUUAUCAUUGGUAGUUUGAAUCCCCGUUCCUGAGCUCUUAACUCACUCAGCUACACUCUGACAUGUAGAGAUUGUAUCCGUAUGUUCGUACAGUAAAGGGGUACUGUACAUCAUUGAUCACGUUGAUUCCCUCUCUCUGAUUGCUGCAGAGAUUUUGGAUUGUCUUGUUGAUAUUCAAUAGUUUUAGUCUUUUCUACUCUUGUCUGGAUUAAUGGUUUUAUUGAAGAACAUAUCAGAUUUUAAUUCACUCUGAAACGGCUGCUUCACACACAGAGGACAGCCUGUGGUGUUCAUGUUUGUAUUCGGGAUGUAACGGUACCUCAGAUAGGUUAAAACAAUCUAUGUAAAAGAUGGAAAUUGAAAUGGAUACUCCUAUCGGCCUUUGGAAAUAAAGGUAUGUCAGAUAUUUGAACAGGAAAUAAAGUAAUCUCGGCACAUGGCAGUAAAAAGACAAAAGAAAAGCAUAAGAGAUACUAUCCUCUUUAAAGCUUGAAUAUUUAUCAGCUUACUCAGACUGCUUAAAAUCCCAUGGUAUCAUAUUAUCUUAUCAUCUGGUUACUGAAGUGUAUCGUUACAUCCCAAGUUUUAAAAAUGAAGAUGUAAAAUAUCGGUAUGUGGGGCAAUGUUUUAGCAACCCCUUAGAUCAAGUCCAGACUACAGAGGAAACCCAGUUCAGAAAGUUUAAUGAAAGCUGCUAGUCUAUUGAAAGAGGUUUAACCAGGUACAGAGUGUUGUUUCUCUGAGAUUACUCACCGGUUUGAAGGGUAAUAUUUAUCUGCUAAACCCCCCGCCUGCUGCUCAAGCUGCUGCCUCACUCUCAGUUAAGUUUUGUGUGACAGUCAGCUGAGAAGAUCGAUCUGUGAUGGGUACAAUGGUUGUCCACACGUUUGAAAAAACUACCCGUUCUGAAUGUUCAUUUUCCCCUUAAGCUGCUAAAGCACUUUUUUCAGUGUGUGUGUGUGUGAAAGAGGGAAAUUAAUAAGACCACACACACACACAGAGACACAUUGACACACUUUUGUAACCCAUACAGGUGUGUGUUUUUGCCUUCCAAUCUCUAUUAGCCCCUCUGUCCAUCCAAAGCCCAGCCUUAGGCCUUCAAACAGGGUCCAACACGCCAACACGAAUCGCCCUCUGCGCCUUCAUUUUUCAUUUGUGGUCAUAUGAUUUUUUAUAUUUUUUUAUCACUGUUUGUUGUACUUUUGCUCGCCUUUUAAACGUUUGUUCUUGCUGUGAUUUAUUCUUUAAAUCUGUAAUUUUUUUUGCAUGUUUCAGUCAUUUUUUUUUUUUAUUAUUCCCUUGCUUCCCCUCUCUGAACAAUCGUCCACGCCUCUAAAGCAAUACCGCUGACGGGCACUUGGAGCUAGCUGCUAGAAAGAGAGAGAGAGAGAAAUGGGAGAGCGAGCAUAAGAGAGAAUGGUAGAGAGAAAGAGAGAGAGGUGGACUGGAGGCUGGUUCUUCGUCUGCUGUUCCUUCAGUAUCGUUAUCGUCCUGUUACAGAUUUAAGAAAAAAAAUAGAUUAUUUUGAAAAUGAAAAUAAAAAAAUCAUCUAAGUUUUGUAAAUGAUCCUUCACUGUCGAGGGGAGAAAAAGCUAUCAGAAUAUACUUUGUACACAUGUCGAAUCUUGUAAAAAUGCAAAAAGGAAACAUUUUAGAGAGAAAUCUGACACAGAUAUAUUCUGUCAACAUAAACUAUAUGUGUAAGGAACUGUUUUUUCCUUUUUUUACAGACAGUAACCACGUUUAUCAGUGUUUCUUUUCAAUUGUUUUAGUAACUCAAUAUUUUAUAGUCAAUCAAUAAACACAUAAAACUGUA